AUGAAGGCUUUGCUGGGAGCUGCUGCAGCUGGGGUAAGACGGUUCUUUCCUGUGAGACCACUGACAUAAAAGGGCACAUAUGUCAAUCCUAAACCUUGUCUUUUGAUUGAGUUUCCAAACUCUUUGAAAACAGGAAGGAGUUGGGGCCUGUGUGUGUAUUCGCAUGUGUACAUGCUUGUCUAGUGUGUGUUUGUCUAUAACAAAUAAGUAGGUAUAGGCUUGAAGCAAACACAACUUCAUUUUAUAGAAGGAAUCUUUUAUGAACCAAACACCAGGUAUGAAGCCUAUUAAAGGGAAAUGGAUGCUCAUCUGCUGAGUCAUCUUAUUAGCAGAUUCUUAUCAGGCCCGCGGCCAUUUUUAGGAAUUGAACCGGACUUUUUAUGAGAAGCCACUUCUCCAAAUGUGUAGCCUACACCUGUGAACUGUUUAUCACAAGGUCUUCUAGCUAGAACACUUUUCAACGCAGUUUCUCUUUACAGCGUGAUAAAUUGUAAUGGGCAGUACAGUAGAAGGUUUCUUUACAACUCACCACAAUGUGAUUAUUAUUUUAAAAAAUUAACAGUAUGCUGUGGUUGUGAUGCUUUAACAACAGUAUGGAUUACAGGGAUAGUUUACAACAUACUAAUGCUCCAUUUCUGUGAUUUUUACAACCAUGGUGGAUGGAUGAUGGCUUCUUUACAGCAUGGUGGAUUCCUUGUAAUGAGGGUUUGCUUCUUCUCAGCCUUGUCCUAGUACCCGUUCCUAGCAGUCCCCAGUCUUGAGUCUGAGUUUCUGCAGUAACUAUUACAAUUAGAAGCAAGGUGUCCAAAGAAUACUUUCACAUCAAAGCCGCCCUGGAGACGCCGUAGCAGUCCAAAUUUGCGGUUCCUCUUUCUGUAAUGGCGAGUGCAAGGUUUUAGUUUUCCAAAUGCUUGCGGUUUGAAUUAAGAUAAUCUCAAUAUGUGGUGCUUUGAUGUUUGAGAAUAGUUUUGGGGCUUUUGAUACACAUAUGGGAUUCUUUUGAUUUAUUACAGUACACCGGUGCUGUGGUACCCACAACAUUGUCGUUGGGUUUACAGGCUGAAACGUGUAAUGAGAGGUUGGUUAGCUUUGGUGUGAGGCAGAAAAUCAUUGUUACAAAAACGUUGCUGGAGUAGCUUGGUAUGGCGCUUUAGGGCCCGUUCAGAUUUACUAGACUUGUUACUAGCACCGGUCUCUAAAAUCACAUAUUUCAUUUUUUGGUGUUCACAUUAGCUACACUUACUGUGGCUUCAGCGACACUAUGUUCUCUCUGCCCACCUCUAGUACUGUAAAUCUCACAGAAUGCUCUAUGAGCAGCUUCUCAUCUUAACAUUUAGGCCUACAAUACUUCAAUAAUACAACAUGAUACACCAAUUCACAAGCAUGUGCAGACAAUUUAAGAGGGUUUAUUUUCCCAUUUGCAAACUCAAAUUACAGGAUUCAGACAAUAACACGGAAGUCUGUUACGACGCCAAACUGCAGUCAGGUCAAGACCCUGGUGAGGACGAGAAGCAUGCCGAUCUGCUUCCCUGAGACUGGUCUUGACAGUUUGUGCAGAAAUUCUUCGAUUGUGCAAACCCUCAGUUUCAUCAGCUGUCUGGGUGGUUGGUCUCAGACGAUCCCGCAGGUGAAAAAGCCGGAUGUGGAGGUCCUGGGUUGUGAGGCCGGUUGGACGUACUGCCAAAUUCUCUAAAACAACGUUGGAUGUGUCUUAUCGUAGAGAAAUGAACAUUAAAUUCUCUGGCAACAGCUCUGGUGGACAUUCCUGCAGUCAGCAUGCCAAUUGCACCCUCCCUCAACUUGCGACAUCUGUGGCAUUGUGCUGUGUGACAAAAUUUCACAUUUUAGAGUGGCCUUUUAUUGUCCCCAGCACAAGGUGCACCUGUGUAAUGAUCAUGCUGUUUAAUCAGCUUCUUGAUAUGCCACACCUGUCGGGUGGAUGGAUUAUCUUGGCAAAUGAGAAAUGCUCACUAACAGGGAUGUAAACAAAUGUGUGCAUCAAAUUUGAGAGGCUUUUUGUGCGUAUGGACAAUCUCUGCAAUCUUUUAUUUCAGCUCAUGAAACAUGGGACCAACACUUUACAUGUUGCAUUUAUAUUUUUGUUCAGUUAGAUUAUAUUACAAUUUAAGAUAAUUACCUCAACAAACCAGGCUUCGUUUUAUACUAUAAUGCAAAUCAUUACAAUCAUUACAUGGGAUACAGUGCAUUCGGAAAGUAUUCAGACCCCUUGACAUUUUCCACAUUUUGUUAGGUUCUUUUUUUAAAACUGAUUUAAAUUGUAUUUUUUCCUCAUCAAUCUACACACAAUACCCGGUAAUGACAAAGCAAAACAGGUUUUUAGAUUUUUUUGCAAUUUAUGAAAACAAAAUAAGGAAAUAUCACAUUUACAUAAGUAUUCAGACCCUUUACGCAGUACUUUGUUGAAGCACCUUUGGCAGGGAUUACAGCCUUGAGUCUUCACAGGUAUGAGGCUACAAGCUUGGCACACCUGUAUUUGGGGAGUUUCUCCCAUUCUUCUCUGCAGAUCCUCUCAAGCUCUGUCAGGUUGGAUGCGGAGCAUCGCUGCACAGCUAUUUUCAGGUCUCUCCAGAGAUGUUAGAUCGGGUUCAAGUCUGGGCUCUGGCUGGGCCAUUCAAGGACAUUCAGAGACUUGACCGAAGCCACUCCUGUGUUGUCUUGGCUGUGUGCUUAGGGUUAUUGUCCUGUUGGAAGGUGAACCUUCGCCACAGUCUGAGGUCCUGAGCGCUCUGGAGCAGGCUUUCAUCAAGGAUCUCUCUGUACUUUGCUCCGUUCAUCUUUCCCCGAUCCUGACUAGUCUCCCAGUCCCUGCCGCUGAAGAACAUCCCCACAGCAUAAUGCUGCCACCACCAUGCUUCACCAUAGGGAUUGUGCCAGGUUUCCUCCAGAUGUGACACUUGUCAUUCAGGCCAAAGAGUUGAAUAUUGGUUCCAUCAGACCAGAAAAUCUUGUUUCUCAUGGUUCGAGAGUCCUUUAGGUGCCUUUUGGUAAACUCCAAGCGGGCUGUCGUGCCUUUUACUGAGGAGAGGCUUCCGUCUGGCCACUCUACCAUAAAGGCCUGAUUGGUGGAGUGCUGCAGAGAUGGUUGUCCUUCUGGAAGGUUCUCCUAUCUCCACAGAGGAACUCUGGAGCUCUGUCAGAGUGACCAUCGGGUUCUUUUGUCUACCCUUCCCCAGAUAUGUGCCUCGACACAAUCCUGUCUUGGAGCGCUACAGAUAAUUCCUUCGAACUCAUGGCUUGGUUUUUGCUCUGACAUGCACUGUCAAGUGUGGGAACUUAUAUAGACAGAUAGUCUGUGCCUUUCCAAAUCAUGUCCAAUCAAUUAAAUUUACUACAGGUGGACUCCAAUCAAGUUGUAGAAACAUCUCAAGGAUGAUCAAUAGAAACCGGAUCCACCUGAGCUCAAUUUCGAGUCUCAUUGCAAAAGGUCUCAAUACUUAUGUAAAUAAGGAAUGUUUUACAUUUAUUUUUUCAUAAAUUUGCAAAAAUGUAAAAAUAAACUAUUUUCGCUUCGUCAUUAUGGGGUAUAUAGGAUUUUUUUUAUUUUAUCCAUUUUAGAAUAAGGCUGUAACGUAACAAAAUGUGGAAAAAGUCAAGGUGUCUGAAUACUUUCCGAAUGCGCUGUAUACAGUGCCUUCAGAAAGUAUUCAUACCCCUUGACUUGUUCCAUGUUGUGUUUACAGCCUGAAUUCAAAAUGGGUUAAAUUGAUUUUUUUCUCACCCAUCUACACACUACCCCAUAAUGACAAAGUGAAAACAUGUAUUUUUUUAUUACAUUUUGCUAAUUUAUUGUAAAUAAACUGUAACUAGGCCACUCGGGAACAUUCAAUGUCAUCUUGGUAAGCAACUCCAGUGUAUAUUUGGCCUUGUGUUUUAGGUUAUUGUCCUGCUGAAAGGUGAAGGUCUCCCAGUGUCUGUUGUAAAGCAGACUGAACCAGCUUUUCCUCUAGGAUUUUGCCUGUGCUUAUUCAGUUUAUUUUAUCCUUUAAAAAAACUCCCUAGUCCUUGCCGAUGACGAGCAUACCCAUAACAGGAUGCAGCCACCACCAUGCUUGGAAAUAUGAAGAGUGGUUCCCAGUGAUGUGUUGGAUUUGCCCCAAACAGAAUGCUUUGUAUUCAGGACAUAACGUUUUUUUUCUUUGUCACGUUAUUUGCAGUUUUACUUAAGUGCCUUAUUGCAAACAGGAUGCAUGUUUUGGAAUAUCUUUUAUUCUGUACAGGCUUCCUUCUUUUCACUCUGUCAUUUAGGUUAGUAUUGUGGAGUAACUACAAUGUUGUUGAUCCAUCCUCAGUUUUCUCCUAUCACAGUCAUUAAACUCGCUAACUGUUUUAAAGUCACUAUUGGCCUCAUGGUGAAAUCCCUGAGCGGUUUCCUUCCUCUUUGGCAACUGAGUUAGGAGGGACGCCUGUAUCUUUGUAGUGGCUGGGUGUGUUGAUACACCAUCCAAAGUGCAAUUAAUUACUUCACCAUGCUCAAAGGGAUAUUACAUUUCUGCUUUAUUUUUUAUUAUUUAUAAGGUGCCCUUCUUUGCGAUGCAUCUGAAAACCUCCCUGGUCUUUGGUUGAAUCUCUUUGAAGUUCACUGCUCGAUUGAGGGACCUUAAAAUUAUCUGUAUGUUUGAGGUACAGAGAUGAGGUAGUCAUUCUAAUAUCAUGUCAAACACUUAUUGCACGCAGUCCAUGCAUCUUAUUAUGAGAUAUGUUAAGCACAUUUUUACUCCUGAACUUAUUUAGGCAUGCCAUAACAAAGGGGUUGAAUGCUUAUUGAGCUUUUCAUUUGUAAUUAAUUUGUAAGCAUUUCUAUAAACAUAAUUCCACUUUGACAUUAUGGGUUAUUGUGUGUAUGUCAGUGACACAAAAUCAAUUUUAAAUUCAGGCUGUAACACAACAAAUGUGGAAAAUGGGGGUGGAGGGGUGUGAAUAGUUUCUGAAGACACUGUAGCUAAGUAACAACUCCAUUCGUAAAAUGUAUAUAGUAUGUGUAAGCUGGAGGUAGAAGCCUAAGUGUUGUUGCCCAUUAGUUUACUCCAAUUAGGGGAGGGAUGAUAGGGUUAGAGGAAUAUAAUAAAGGAAAAUAUAUUAUUUCUAACAAUAUACACUACCAGUCAAAAGUUUGGACACACCUACUCAUUCCAGGAUCUUUCUUUAUUUUUACUAUUUUCUACAUUGUAGAAUAAUAGUGAAGACAUCAAAACUAUGAAAUAACACAUAUGGAACCAUGUAGUAACCAAUUUUUAUUUUACACAAAUCAAAAUAUAUUUGAGAUUCUUCAAAGUAGCCACCCUUUGCCUUGAUGACAGCUUUGCACACUCUUGGUAUUCUCUCAACCAGAUUCAUGAGGUAGUCACCUGGAAUGCAUUUCAAUUAACAGGUGUGCCUUGUUAAAAGUUAAUUUGUGGAAUGUAUUUCCUUCUUAAUGUUUUGAGCCAAUCAGUUGUGUUGUGACAAUGUAGGGGUGGUAUACAGAAGAUAGCCAUAUUUGGUAAAAGACCAAGUCCAUAUUAUGGCAAGAACAGCUCAAAUAAGCAAAGAGAAACAACAGUCCAUCAUUACUUUAAGACAUGAAGGUUAGUCAAUGUGGAAAAUUUCAAUAACUUUUAAAGUUUCUUCAAGUGCAGUCACUAUGAUGAAACUGGCUCUCAUGAGGACUGCCACAUGAAAGGAAGACCCAGAGUUACCUCUGCUGCAGAGGAUGUUCAUUAGAUUUAACUGCACCUCAGAUUGCAGCCCAAAUAAAUGCUUCACAGAGUUCAAGUAACAGACACAUCUCAACAUCAACUGUUCAGAGGAGACUGCGUGAAUCAGGCCUUCAUGGUCGAAUUGCUGCAAAGAAACCUCUACUAAAGGACACCAAUAUGAAGAAGAGGCUUGCUUGGGCCAAGAAACACGAGCAAUGUACAUUAGACCGGUGGAAAUCUGUCCUUUGGUCUGAUGAGUCCAAAUGUGAGAUUUUUGGUUCCAACCACCGUGUCUUUGUGAGACGCAGAGUACGUGAACGGAUGAUCUCCGCAUGUGUGGUUCCCACCGUGAAGCAUGGAGGAGAAGGUGUGAUGGUGUGGGGGUGCUUUGCUGGUAACACUGUUGGUGAUUUAUUCAGAAUUCAAGGCACACUUAACCAGCAUGGCUACCACAGCAUUCUGCAGCGACACACAGUCCCACUAAGCCCAAACCAGAUGGGAUGAUCAUUUUGUUUUUCAACAGGACAAUGACCCAAAACACACCUCCAGGCUGUGUAAGGGCUAUUUGACCAAGAAGGAGAGUGAUGGAGUGCUGCAUCAGAUGACCUGGCCUCCACAAUCACCCGACCUCAACCCAAUUGAGAUGGUUUGGGAUGAGUUGGACCGCAGAGUGAAGGAAAAGCAGCCAACAAGUGCUCAGCAUAUGUGAAAAUUCCUUCAAGACUGUUGGAAAAGCAUUCAUGGUGACUACCUCAUGAAGCUGGUUGAGAGAAUGCAAAGCUGUCAUCAAGGCAAAGGGUGGCUACUUUGAAGAAUCUCAAAUAGAAAAUAUAUUUAGAUUUACUAAAAAACAAUUGGGUUACUACAUGAUUCCAUAUGUGUUAUUUCGUAGUUUUGAUGUCUUCACUAUUAUUCUACAGUGUAGAAAAUAGUAAAAAAUAAAGAAACCCUUGAAUGAGUAUGUGUGUCCAAACUUUUGACUAGUACUGUAUAUUCUCCACAUAUUUACAAAAAAAAUGAGGGAUUGGAAAUGAUGCAGACAUUGACGGGUACUAAGCUAACAUAUGGAAUUGUUUUACGAAGGUCAUACCAAGGAUCAUUUAGUUAUUUGAUUUUGAAUUUUAAGACCCCUUGAAGUAUAAAAAAAUAUAUAUAAAACAAUUAUUUGAUGAAGCAUUUCGCUAUACCUGCAAUAACAUUUGCUGAAUAUGUGUAUGCGACCAAUACAUUUUGAUUUACUGCUAUUAGCCCAUAAAAACAUAUUGAAUAACAGAUUCACCUACAUGGAACAACAGUCCUCCCAAAAAAAUCUAAAGAAAGUUUGCUGUCCUUUAUCUGAGAGAUAUAAGAGAUCAGGAAACAAUUUUUUUGAAAUGUAUUUAACACCUUAGUUUAGUGCCAAAAAUAUCUCCAUAUACUUCCAUACAUUUUUACUGGUACCAGGGGACCUUCAGAUGAGUCUUGUGAGGGUGUCCUAUAGCAAACCAACCAACAUGUACAUGUUUGUGAGAGUCUCGCCAUAUUAGUGUGUAGCCCAAACUGUUCUGACACUACAGACAGAAGUUGGCAGAUCGGCUGUCCCAAGACUCUUGUGGGGGUCGUAGAGCAAAACGGAUAACACCAUCGUGUUCAUGAGUCUCUUCUUUCCAUAGAGUAAUAGUUUGUUGGCCGUUUGGACGCUACAAACAAUUUAGUGAGAAGACCAAUUUUGGGGAUGUCUCAUGGUUUGCCACACUGCUCUAGCUCUGCCACCUUUCACCACAGAUGUGGAAGUGCGACAUCACCGGAUGUUGUGGAUUGAGACGCAGGCAAUGCAAAAAAACGGAUCUUUAGCUUAAACUGACUGAUAUGGAUGGGGAUUGUUUUAUUAUGCUAAUUAUUUUUCCAGGGGCCGUGGAAUUCCACUUUAAGGGGUUAAGAUUUUUACUGUACGAGGUUUGGGCUCAACGAGACAAUUCGCUUUUACACAGUCCUGCUUGGAGGGGGGCAGCUCUCUGGGAAGGGUCAUGCGCUAACUCUGGAGGUAGCGUUCAAGACGUGAGAAAUGUGCUGCUCUAACUGUUUUUCUGUGAUUAGAGCUAUAAAAGGUUGUCCUUCAACCAGUCUCUCGUUCCUUGUUACACUUCUAUAUAGGCUAGGAUAUGUAGCCUAUUUAUAGCCAACUUGAUGGGUAGAUUUGCUCUUGUGCGGAAGGCACGUUGCAUUUCAGGAUAGCUAGGCUCAUUGCUAACUACCCUAAUACUUGCUCUACAUAGAUGGGAGUAGGCCUAUUUGAUAUUAACACUACAUAGAACCCUUUAGAAGGUCCUGUGUGGCUGUUGGUAGAGCAUGGCACUUGCAACGCCAGAGUUGUGGGUUCGAUUCCCAUGGGGAACCAGUAUGAAACUGUAUGCACUUACUAAUACUGUAAGUGACUCUGGAUAAGAGCGUCUGCUAAAUGACUAAAAUGUAAAAUGUAAUCGUGGGGUUCUGUCAUUUGUCCAGCUUUCAAAGGGUUGUGCUGGUGUUUUGUUUUGGGUCUGCAUGCCUGUUGUUUAUUUGUAAAACAUUAAAACAGUAGCCUAUGUUCUUUUGGAAACGUAAAGAUGUGUGUGUUAGCAUAUAUUUGUCCUUGAUGCAGUUGCUCAGUUUGCAUGGAAGAAGAUAUCCAGACGUUUCAGCCACAAAAAAGAAUGAGUCACUGCUAGUAAAAAAACAAAAACAUUUCUGUCCUCUGCUAGCGUUUCCUUUCCCACUCUGCGGAAGGAUAAUCUAUAGAAUCCCAUUGGGAUAAGUAGCUUGUUUAUUUUCGGAAAGAUUUUUAUUCUAAGUCUUAAACCCAAAGUGGACUGCUGAAGCUUGACGGCCUUCCUCCGGUUUAGGUACAGGGGGGGGGUGUCUCUCCCCUUUUCUAAUGCUAAUGAAAGAGGAACGGUUUUCCAGCUUUUAGCUUGCAGAGUGUGUCUCUCCUGUAGCAUGCUCCAUUGCCUGGACAUUGUGAGAGCACAAAACUCCAGGCCUGGGAUCCAAUAACGUGAAAUUUCAGCAGAGAAGCAGCCAUUGUGUAGAGAGGCAGCCGGGGAGGGGGAUGGAUAGGGGUGGGAGGAUAGGGAGGACGGGUGGGAAGGAAGGGAGGGCGAUCACCCAGGGCUAAGGCCACAUCGUCCCUCUCCUCCUCCUACUCUCGCCCUCUCCUGUCUUACUUUCAGGCCUCCUUCCCCUCCUCCUCUCCCCUCGGGCUGGGAAGCCCGGGGGCUGAGGCAGAGCAUGAUGGCAUGCUGGAGCUCUGUGAGCCAUGGGCCAGGGCCACAGACAAACGGCCACUUUGUCAGGCCAGGAAAUGGUUGUCCCAGGAUCCCCCUUCUCCACCACACACUGAAGCAGCAAGACCCUCUGGGCGCAGGCCUGGCCAGCACGUGCUCUCAAGUACAGCCCUAGCCUACAGCCCUUUAUGUUGCUGUUCCUGCUGUGUGUUUGCUGUGUGUUUGGAUGGCUUGUACUGUGGUGGUGUGUGUAAUGUAUAGCCUAGUUUGGGGAAGUUGAGCUGGUUUAGCGGUAGUUCUGGGCUGUGGGAGUCCGGGAGGAAAAAACAAUUGCAGAACAAGCUCUAUUUUGGUGACCUCUGGUACAUUCUAAUGCCGUAAUUCCAUCCAAAAUACACAGCUAAAUAAUUGAUUACUUUACCUCCCAUAUUUACAGUUUUACUGCAAGGUAUGAAUUGCCACAAUUAUGUUUGUUUUUCAAAUUAUAUAUUUGGGUGAACUAUCCCUUUAUCAGUUUGGCCUGUCAAUCAAGGAUGUUUGUGAGUCACGUGGUAGGGUUUCAGACCUGUCAGUCAACCACAGUGGGUGGGACUUUGAGGGAAGGCACUAGAUUAGUAUUCUAGUCAGAAAAACGAGUCUAGUCUACCAUUUCAAUUUAAUUUAUUGUGACAAACUAAAACUAAUCUACGCUUUUAUAUUUUGUUAAUUUUGUUAACCUAAGGAAAAAGGUUGUGUUCUGUAAAGUAAACAUGGAUUCAAUAUAGAAAUACGGGAAAACAUUUUAUUUUUUUUAUGUUCAGGGGGAGGACCCCCAGACCCCCCGCCAGAUUGUGCACCUCCACUUUUAUACAUGAAUAGACUUAAAAGUUUGUUUUGAAGAAUGAAGCAGGUGUUAAACAUGGGCUUUGCCACACAGAAGCAGUUGACUACUCCAUUGUUGACACUAAUCAAAUCAGUAGGCCUAUAUCAAUAUCUUUAACAAUAACAUAAGUACCUUCGGUAAGUAUUCAGACCCCUUGACUUUUUCCACAUUUUGUUAGGUUACAGCCUUAUUCUAAAAUUGAUUAAAUUGUUUUUUCCCCUCAUCAAUCUACACACAAUACUCCAUAAUGGCAAAGCAAAAACAGGUUUUUAGACAUUUUUGCUAAUUUAUUAAAAAUAAAAAACAUAAAUAACAUUUACAUAAGUAUUCAGGCCCUUUUCUCAGUACUUUGUUGAAGUAUCUUUGGCAGCAAUUACAGCCUUGAGUCUUCUUGGGUAUGACGCUACAAGCUUGGAACGCCUGUAUUUGGGGAGUUUCUACUAUUCUUCUCUGCAGAUCCUCUCAAGCUCUGUCAGGUUGGAUGGGGAGCGUUGCUGUACAGCUAAUUUCAGGUCUCGCCAGAGAUGUUCGAUCGGGUUAAAGUCCGGGCUCUGGCUGGGCCACUCAAGGAUAUUCUGAGACUUGUCCCGAAGCCACUCCUGCGUUGUCUUGGCUGUGUGCUUAGGGUUGUCGUCCUGUUGGAAGGUGAACCUUCACCCCAUUCUGAGAUCCUGAGCGCUCUGGAGCAGGUUUUCAUCAAGGAUCUCUCUGUACUUUGCUCUGUUCAUCUUUGCCUCGAUCCUGACUAUUCUCCCAGUCCCUGCUGCUGAAAAACACCCCCACAGCAUUAUGCUGCCACCACCGUGCUUCACUGUAGGGAGGAUGCCAGGUUUCCUCCAGACCUGACGCUUGGCAUUCAGGCCAAAGAGUUGAAUCUUGGUUUCAUCAGACCAGAGAAUCUUGUUUCUCAUGGUCUGAGAGUCCUUUAGGUGUCUUUUUGCAAACUCCCAAGUGGGCUGUCAUGUGCCUUUUACUGAGGAGUGGCUUCCGUCUGGCCAAUCUACCAUAAAGGCCUGAUUUGGUGGAGUGCUGCAGAGAUGAUUGUCCUUCUGGAAGGUUCUCCCGUCUCCACAGUGGAACUCUGGAGCUCUGUCAGAGUGACCAUCGGGUUCUUGGUCACCUCCCUGACCAAGGCCCUUCUCGCCCGAUUUGCUCAGUUUGGCAGGGCGGCCAGCUCUAGGAAGAGUCUUGGUGGUUCCAAACUUCUUCCAUUUUAAGAAUGAUGGAGGCCACUGUGUUCUUGGGGAUCUUCAAUGCUGCAGAAAUGUUUUGGUACCCUUCCCCAGAUCUGUGCCUCGACACAAUCCUGUCUCGGAGCUCUACGGACAAUUCCUUCGACCUCAUGGCUUUGUUUUUGCUCUGACAUGCACUGUCAACUGUGGGACCUUAUAUAGACAGGUGUGUGCCUUUCCAAAUCAUGUCCAAUCAAUUGAAUUUACCACAGGUGGACUCCGAUCAAGUUGUAGAAACAUCUUAAGGAUGAUCAAUGGAAACAGGAUGCACCUAAGCUCAAUUUCGAGUGGCAUGGCAAGAGGUCUGAAUACUUAUGUAAAUAAGGUAUUUAAGUUUUUGUAUUUUAAUACAUUUGCAAAAAAAUCACUUUGUCAUUGGGGUAUUGUGUGUAGAUUGCUGAGGAUGAGUAUUUUAUUUGAUCCAUUUUAGAAUAAGGCUGUAGCGUAACAAAUGUGGAGAAAGUCAAGGGGUCUGUAUACUUUCCGAAGGCACUGUGUGUAUAUACAAAAGUAUGUGGACACCCCUCCAAAUUAGUGGAUUCGGCUAUUUCAGCCACACCCAUUGCUGACAGGUGUACACAGCUAUGCAAUCUCCAUAGACAAACAUUGGCAGUAGAAUGGUUUUACUAAAGAGCUCAGAGACUUUCAACGUGGCACCGCCAUAGGAUGCCACCUUUCCAACAAGUCAGUUCGUCAAAUUUCUGCCCUGCUAGAGCUGCCCCGGUCAACUGUAAGUGCUGUUAUUGUGAGGUGGAAACGUCUAGGAGCUACAACAGCUCAGCCGCGAAGUGGUAGGCCACACAAGCUCACAGAACGGGACCGCCGAGUGCUGAAGCGCGUAAACAUCAUCUGUCCUCGGUUGCAACACUCACUACCGAGUUCCAAACUGCCUCUGGAAGCAACGUCAAUGCAAUAACUGUUCGUCGGGAGCUUCAUGAAAUGGGUUUCCAUGGCCGAGCAGCCACACACAAGACUAAGAUCACCAUGCGCAAUGCCAAGCGUCAGCUGGAGUGGUUUAAAGCUCGCCACCAUUGGACUCUGGAGCAGUGAAAACGCGUUCUCUGAAGUGAUGAAUCACGCUUCACCAUCUGGCAGUCUGACGGACGAAUCUGGGUUUGGCGGAUGCCAGGAGAACGAUACCUGCCCCAAUGCAUAGUGCCAACUGUAAAGUUUGGUGGAGGAAUAAUGGUCAGGGGCUGUUUUUCAUGGUUCGGGUUAAGCCACAAAGCAAGGUCCAUACAGAAUUGUUUUGUUGAUCAGUGUGGAAGAACUUGACUGGCCUGCACAGAGCCCUGACCUAUACCCCAUCGAACACCUUUGGGAUGAUUUGGAACACCAACUGCGAGCCAGGCCUGAUCGCCCAACAUCAGUGCCCGACUUCACUAAUGCUCUUGUGGCUGAAUGGAACCAAGUCCCCGCAGCAAUGUUCCAACAUCUAGUGGAAAGCCUUCCCAGAAGAGUGGAGGCUGUUAUAGCAGCAAAGGGGGGACAACUCCAUAUUAAUGCCUAUGAUUUUGGAAUGAGAUGUUCGACUAGCAGGUGUCAACAUACUUUUGGUUAUGUAGUGUAUCGUGACGUUAGCUUUUGUAACCUUCAAUCUGUCUUCUUUUUAUCGUAUUUUGUACCAGAAUGAGGCCCUCUCCACUACCUAUGGUUCCUGCAGUGAGGAUUCAACUUCUUCAUCGAAUGUUUUCAUAAUUGAUCUGCAGAUUAUCGCCAAAAAACAGUAGUAGCCUACCAGUAUGCAAAUUAGGGAAACAAAUGAACUGCUCUCUCACCUACGCGAUUCAGGUUCCGUUGACCUAACAAAUUAGUUCAAAAAGAGCAGUUCGUUCACGAACAACCCAUCACUAGGCUACACUGACAUGUCACUUUAGCAGUCAUGGGCUUCGAAUCCUAGGAAAAUACAAACAAGAUAUUUUGGUUUACUUGUCCUGAUGCGAUACCAUGGACAUGACUAUGUUGUAUGUUUAUGAAUAGCAAAGGAUAUAGGAGAUUUACUUUAUUCAGUCAGUUCGACACUUUUUAUAAGCUAGUCGACACAAGCUGUUCGGUCGGCAAUCAAAGCGCAGUAAAUAGCCUAUGUUCCUUGACUACGUGGCUGGGUAUAUAGGCCUAUGAAACACAGAAAAUAUAAUAAAUCAAUGUGCCACAAAAUAAUAAUUAAAGGUGCAAUAUGCAGAAAUCGCCCUGCCUUUUCCUGGUUGCUAAAAUUCUAAUAGUUCGCCUAAUUUCAUUUUUUGAGAAAACAAGCAAUGUGUAGAGAAUCAUUGUACCAUCUAAACCGCUGUGAAAUAUCCUUUUCAUAACCAAAAAUAUUGUAUUUUCAGCUCUUUUGAAGCUGGUGUACAAUACCGAAGUAAAAGAUGCAAAAACGAAACUUAAAUCCGGGAAGCCUAGAAAUAGCGCACAUAGAACAGAUCUACCACUUCUUAGAUUUGCUUUCAAUGAGUGACAGAUCUAUAACUCACUUUUCGAUGUGAAUUUGGUCGGGUUGCCCAAAAAGUAUAUAUUGUUGCUUUAAGUGGGUUUCAACUCAUCCUUACCACUACAUGGGACGUGUAAAUUAACUCACAGGAGACUCAUCAUGCUCUCUCUCCUCCGUGAAAAUAAAUUUGACUGCAGCCAACCACAGCACACAAAAAUAACACAGGUGCCGAGAAGCCGGACAGACUGCAGACUGACAAACUAGCAGUGUUUUCCUGUAAUCACUCACUUUUUGACUGACAGGUGCCUGUCCUACCAAUAGAAAACUAGAAGAUGCGUAUCGUUAUUCUAUAGUUGGAGAAGGCGAUACAGACUUUUCUGACUAGAGAAUUGAAACUUUUAAAUUAAAAGAAGCCUAGUUAAUGAAAUGGAAACAGUAGCCGACUGACAAUGAGUCUGUUAUCGGCUGUUUAGCGCUUAUGGAAAACACUGGUUUAGGUAUGAAAUCACAGGCAAGCAGUUGUGGUAUAACAAAAACUGCAUGUGAUUGAAAGUGUCUUUCUGUUUAUUUCACCAAAGCUUAUUAGGUAAUUUAGACAGUUCUAUAAUUUUUUGUUGUUGACAAAUACAUUGUUUACAAACAAUGGCGUAAAACCUUAUAUUUUUUUGCUUUGAAAUCUCACAUCUGUCUUCAUACAUCCAACUAGAUUGUAUUGAGAGGGGUGUUUGAGUGAACUCAACAAACCUGUUUGGCUAGCCUAUGUUGAGGAAGAUUAUAUAAUCCUGAAAUGCGCAUAUAGGCUACGCUCUUAUACGAGAAGAGGAGACCUAUGCCCUAGUUUGGUGAUGAACUUGAGGGGUUUUAAAUCCGGAUGAGAGCUGUCGACUCCCUCCCUUCCCCUUCCCACACCCCCUUUCUCCCCCUCGCUCUCUCAUUCCCUCUGUUUUCUUCUACUUUUUGUCGGAAAUGAAGUCGGUCAUCCAUCAGAAUAACUUGGAAUAAUUUUGAAUGGGGGGGCUGAGGCAGGGCUCCUCUCUCUCUUUUCUCUCUCUCCCUCUCUGCUUGCGGGCCCAAGCCAGCUGAUCCACUUCCGCUCUCAUUGUGUGUCCAGUGGACUGUGCACCCAGUGAGGGGCACGGAGCCCAACCUUUGUCUCCAUGGACCGCCCCGCUCUGUACAGGACAGGGGGGUUGUGUUUGUGCAUGUUAGGGCCCUAUAAAAUCUGUGAUGCAGAAAACACAGACGUAAUCACGGAAUCUAGAUAUUAAAACUGAAUUCAACAAUAUAGAAAAAUAUAUUGAACUUCGUAGGGAAUCAACUAAAUGUAUUGAAAACGAAUGUGCCUAAGUUGAACAGACAUGAACAUAAUGCAUCAGCGAUUCGUAUUUCCUGCUAGUUUCUGAAGAGGCAAUGAGAAUUGCCCCUGUCUGUAUGUGCGGUGGCUGUUGGCAACGAUGCUAAUGAAAACAUCUUCUAGUAGAUGGAAAGGCUUUCCCAAUAACCUUUUCAAUCAAUCACAUGUAUUUAUAAAUCCCUUUUUACAUCAGCAGUUGUCACAAAGUUCUUAUUCAGAAACCGAGCCUAAAACCCCAGAGAGCAAGCAAUGCAGAUGUAGAAGCACGGUGGCUAGGAAAAGCUCCCUAGAAAGGCUGGAACCUAGGAUAAAACCUAGAGGGGAACCAGGCUCUGAGGGGUGGCCAGUCCUCUUCUGGCUGUGACGGGAGGAGAUCAUAGGAGUACAUGGCCAUAAUGCCAGAUCUUUCUUCAAGAUGUUCAAACGUUCAUAGAUGACCAGCAGGGUCAAAUAAGAAUCACUGUGGGUUAUAGAGGGUGCAACAGGUCAGCACCUUAGGAGUAAAUGUCAGUUGGCUUUUCAUAGCUGAGCAUUUAGAGGUCGAGACACAAGAUGCAGAGAGGGAGAGAGGGAUGAAACAGCAGGUCCGGGACAAGGUAGCACAACCAGUGAACAGGUCAGGGUUCCAUAGCUGCAGGCAGAACAGCAGGAACUGUAUCAGCAGCACGACCAGGUGGACUAGGGACAGGGACAGCCAGGAGUCAUCAGGCCACGUAAACCUGAGGCAUGGUCCUAGGGCUCAGGUCCUCCGGGAGGGGCGGGGGGAAGAGGGAGAUGGGAGAAUUAGAGGGAGCAUAGUUAAGAUCACACAGGACACCAGAUAAGACAGGAGAGUUACACUAGAUAUGCCAGAUUGACCCUAGCCCCCUGGCACAUAGACUAUUGCAGCAUAGAUACUGAAGACUGUGAGCGUGUGGGGGGUUGGGGGACACUGUGGCCCGGUCCAAAGUUCAAGGGAUAUCAACAGACCACUAACUUACUACGCUCAGACAAGGUAAAGUAUAGCCCAUGAAGAUCUCACCUACCGCCUGAGGACAGGAACGAUGGGAGAGCGCAAGCAAGCCAGUGACCCAACCCCCGUAAUAGGCUCAGAGGCAGAGAAUCCCAGUGGAGAGAGGGGUUCCGGCCAGGCAGAGACAAAAAGGGUGGAUCGUCGCUCCGGUGCCUUGCCGUUCACCUUCGCUCCCCUAGGCCAGACUACACUCAAUCAUAGGACCUACGGAAGAGAUGAGUCUUCAGUAAAGACUUAAAGGUUGAGACCGAGUCUUUCUCUCUCACAUGGAUCGGCAGACCAUUCUAUAAAAAUUGAGCUAUAUAGGAGAAAGCCCUGCCUCCAGCCAUUUGUUAAAAAAAUUUGAGGAACAAUGAGGCUUGCGUCUUUGGCAGAUAGGUAGGAAGAAGUCCAUGUAAUGCUUUGUAGGUUAGCAGUAAAACCUUAAAAUCAGCCCUAGUCUUGUCAAGAUUCAAAUAGCUGUAUUUUGGACUAGCUGAAGUUUAUUUAGUGCCUUAUCUGGGUAGCCGGAGAGUAGAGCAUUGCAGUAGUUUAAUCUUGAAGUGACAAACACAUGGAUGAGCUUUUCUGUAUCAUUUUUGGACAAAAGUUUCAGAUUUAUGCAAUGUUGCAAGAUGGAAAAAGGCUGCUCUUGAAAUAUUUUGGAUAUGUUCGUCAAAAUAGAUCAGGGUCCAGAGUAACACAGAGGUCCUUCAAUUUUAUUUUUGAUUACUGUACAACCAUCAAGAUUCCUUGUCAGAUCCGACAGCAGAUCUUUGUUUCUUGGGACCUAGAACUUGCAUCUCUGUUUUGUCUGAGUUUAAAAGUACAAAAAUUGAAGUCAUCCUCUUUCUUAUGUCUGAAAUCGCAUCUCUGCAUGUCUGGCAGACAUAUCAGUAUGGAUGACGGAUCACCACCUCAAGCUGAACCAUGGCAAGACGGAGCUGCUCUUCCUCCCGGGGAAGGACUGCCUGUUCCAUGAUCUCGCCAUCACGGUUGACAACUCCGUUGUGUCCUCCUCCCAGAGUGUGAAGAGCCUUGGCGUGACCCUGGACAACACCCUGUCGUUCUCCGCUAACAUCAAGGCGGUGACCCGAUCCUGUAGGUUCAUGCUCUACAACAUUCGGAGAGUACGACCCUGCCUUACACAGGAAGCGGCACAGGUCCUAAUCCAGGCACUUGUCAUCUCCCGUCUGGAUUACUGCAACUCGCUGUUGGCUGGGCUCCCUGCCUGUGCCAUUAAACCCCUACAACUCAUCCAGAAUGCCGCAGCCCGUCUGGUGUUCAACCUUCCCAAGUUCUCUCACGUCACCCCGCUCCUCCGCACACUCCACUGGCUUCCAGUUGAAGCUCGCAUCUGCUACAAGACCAUGGUGCUUGCCUACGGAGCUGUGAGGGGAACGGCACCUCCGUACCUUCAGGCUCUGAUCAGUCCCUACACCCAAACGAGGGCAUUGCGUAAUGCUUCUACCCCCCCUUACCCCCCCCCCCCCCCCUCAAAAAAAUAAAAAUAAAAUGGUAAAGUGGUUAUCCCACUGGCUAUAAGGUGAAUGCACCUAUUUGUAAGUCGCUCUGGAUAAGAGCGUCUGCUAAAUUACGUAAAUGUAAAUGAAACACAAGUUUCCAGGGUAGGCAAUUUUGGGCCCUUCACCAAGUUUCAUCGAAAUGUACAGCUGUGUGUUGUCCGCAUAGCAGUGAAAGUUGACAUUGUGUUUCCGAAUGACAUCAACAAGAGGUAGGAUACAGAGGGAAAACAAUAGUGUUCCUAGAACGGAACCUUGACGAACACCGAAAUGUACAAUUGAUUUGUCAUAGGACAAACCUUCCACAGAGACUAACUGCUACCUAUCCGACAGAUAAGAUCUAAACCAGGCAAGAACUUGUCCGCGUAGACCAAUUACGGUUUCCAAUCUCUCCAAAAGAAGGUGGUGAUCGAUGAUGUCGAAAGCUGCACUAGGGUGUAGGAGCACAAGGACAGACGCAGAGCCUUGGUAUGACACCAUUAAAAGGUAAUUUACCACCUUCACAAGUGCUGCCUUAGUACUAUGAUGGGAUCUAAAACCAGACCAGAGCAUUUCGUAUACAUUAUUUUGUCUUCAGGAAGGCAGUGAGUUGUUGAGCAACAGGAAUGGGUGAUAAGAUUUAGGCCAAAUUUAUUUAAUUUUAUAGGGGUAAAGGUUUGGCUUUUUCAGUACAGGCUUUAUUACUGCCACUUUUAGUGAGUUUGGUACACAUCCGGAGGAUAGGGAGACGUUGAUUAUUUUCAACAUAGGAGGGCCAAACACAGGAAGUAGCUCUUUCAGUAGUCUAAUUGGAAUAGGGUCCAGUAGACAGCUGGAAGGUUUAGAGGGCAACACUAUAUUUGUGAAUGUGUCAAGAGUCUCCAUUGAGCCGACGUCCUGGCAGUUAUGUGCUGGCUCAGGACAACUGAGAUUUGGUGAAAUACGCAUAUUCCGUAAUUGUUUUCUAAUUAUGAUAUUUUCAUCGAAGAAGUUCAUGAAUUUGUCACUGCUUGAAGUGAAGGCCAUCCAUACUUGGGGAAUGCUGCUUUUUAGUUAGCCUUCCGACAGUAUGAAAAAUAAAUGUUGGAUUGUUUCUAUUCUCCUUAAUCAGGUUGGAAAUGUAGGAUGAUCAAUCAGCAGUGAGGGCUUUUCGAUAUUGAAUGGUACGGUCUUUCCAAGCUAGUCGGAAGACAAUUUUCUGGAUGCUUGCUUCAAGGCUCAGGUAUUUUCUGUAUAUCAGGAAGCUAGUUUUGUUUGACAAUAUUUUUUGGUUUUUAGCGGUGCAACUGCAUCUAAGGUAUUACGUAAGGUUACGGAAAGUUUAUUUCCUCGGUUAGGUGGUUAACUGAUUUUUGUACUCAGACGUCCUUGGAUAGGUGGAGGGAGUCUGGAAGGGCAUCUAGGAAUCUUUGGGUAGUCGAAUAAUUGUAAUAAUCCUUAGUUGGGGUCUAAGCGAAUGAUUUGUUGCGAUUGCAAACGUAAUAAGAUGGUGGUCCACUAUCUAUUUCAUGGGACAAAACUAAAUCCAGGGUAUGACUGUGGGAAUGUGUAGGACCCGAGACAUGUUGGGCAAAACCCAAGGGACCAGAGGGAAAGAAACUCUAGACCACAUUUACUCCACACACAGAGACACAUACUAAGCUCUCACUCGCCCUCCAUUUGGCAAAUCUGACUAUAACUCUAUCCUCCUGAUUCCUGCUUAUAAGCAAAAACUAAAGCAGGAAGCACCAGUGACUCGGUUAAUAAAAAAGUGGUCAGAUGACGCAGAUGCUAAGCUACAGGACUGUUUUGCUAGCACAGACUGGAACAUGUUCCGGGAUUCUUCAGAUAGCAUUGAGGAGUACACCACAUCAGUCACUGGCUUCAUCAAUAAGUGCAUCGAUGACGUCGUCCCCACAGUGACUGUACGUACAUACCCCAACCAGAAGCCAUGGAUUACAGGCAACAUCCGUGCUGAGCUAAAGGGUAGAGCUGCCGCUUUCAAGGAGCGGGACUCUAACCCGGACGCUUAUAAGAAAUCCCGCUAUGCCCUCCGAUGAGCCAUCAAACAGGCAAAGAGUCAAUACAGGACUAAGAUUGAAUCGUACUACACCGGCUCUGACGCUCGUCGAAUGUGGCAGGGCUUGAAAACUAUUACAGACUACAAAGGGAAGCACAGCCACGAGCUGCCCAGUGACACAAGCCUACCAAACGAGCUAAACCACUUCUAUGCUCGCUUCGAGGCAAGCAACACUGACGCAUGCAUGAGAGCACCAGCUGUUCCGGAUGACUAUGUGAUCACGCUCUCCGUAGCCGAUGUGAGUAAGACUUUUAAGCAGGUCAACAUUCACAAGGCUGCAGGGCCAGACGGAUUACCAGGACGUUUACUCUGAGCAUGUGCUGACGAACUGGCAAGUGUCUUCACCGACAUUUUCAACAUGUCCCUGACUGAGUCUGUAAUACCAAGCAGACCACCAUAGUCCCCGUGCCCAAGGACACUAAGAUAACCUGCCUAAAUGACUACCGACCCUUGGCACUGAUGUCUGUAGCCAUGAAGUGCUAUGAAAGGCUGGUCAUGGCUCACAUCAACACCAUUAUCCCAGAAACCCUAGACCCACUCCAAUUUGCAUACCGCCCCAACAGAUCCACAGCUGAUGCAAUCUCUAUUGUACUCCACACUGCCCUUUCCCACCUGGACAAGAGGAACACCUACGUGAGAAUGCUAUUCAUUGACUACAGCUCAGUGUUCAACACCAUAGUGCCCUCAAAGCUCAUCACUAAGCUAAGGACCCUUGGACUAAACACCUCCCUCUGCAACUGGAUCCUGGACUUCCUGACGGGCCGCCCCCAGGUGGUAAGGGUAGGUAACAACACAUCUGCCACACUGAUCCUCAACACGGGGGCCCCUCAGGGGUGCGUGCUCAGUCCCCUCCUGUACUCCCUGUUCACCCAUGACUGCAUGGCCAGGCACGACUCCAACACCAUCAUUAAGUUUGCAGACGACACAACAGUGGUAGGCCUGAUCACCGACAACGAUGAGACAGCCUAUAGGGAGGAGGUCAGAGACCUGGCCGUGUGGUGCCAGGAUAACAACCUCUCCCUCAAUGUGACCAAGACAAAGGAGAUGAUUGUGGACUACAGGAAAAAAAAGAGGACUACGCAUGCCCCCAUUCUCAUCGACGGGGCUGUAGUGGAACAGGUUGAGAGCUUCAAGUUCCUUGGUGUCCACAUCACCAACGAACUAUUAUGGUCCAAACACACCAAGACAGUCGUGAAGAGGGCACGACAAAGCCUAUUCCCCCUAAGGAGACUGAAAAGAUUUGGCAUGGGUCCUCAGAUCCUCAAAAAAUUAUACAUCUGCACCAUCGAGAGCAUCCUGACUGGUUGCAUCACCGCCUGGUAUGGCAACUGCUUGGCCGUCUGACUGCAAGGCACUACAGAGGGUAGUGUGUACGGCCCAGUACAUCACUGUGGUCUAGGUCCAAAAGACUUCUCAACAGCUUCUACCCCCAAGCCAUAAGACUCCUGAACAGCUAAUCAUGGCUACCUGGACUAUUUGCACUGCCCCUCCCACCCCCAUCUUUUUACGCUGCUGCUACUCUGUUAAUUAUUUAUGCAUAGUCACUUUAAUUCUACCCACAUGUACAUAUUACUUCAACUACCUCAACUAGCAGGUGCCCCCGCACAUUGACUCUGCACCGGUACCCCCCUGUAUAUAUAGCCUCCCUACUGUUAUUUUAUUUUACUUCUGCUCUUUUUUUCUCAACACUUUUUUGUUUUAUUCUACUUUUUUAUUAAAAAUAAAUGCACUGUUGGUUAAGGGCUGUAAGUAAGCAUUUCACUGUAAUGUCUGCACCUGUUGUAUUCGGCGCAUGUGGCCAAUAAAAUUUUAUUUUAUUUGGUUGCAUCACCGCCUGGUAUGGCAACUGCUCGGCCUCCGACUGCAAGGCACUACAGAGGGUAGUGCGUACGGCCCAGUACAUCACUGGGGCCAAGCUUCCUGCCAUCCAGGACCUCUAUACCAGGCGGUGUCAGAGGAAGGCCCUCAAAAUUGUCAACAACUCCAGCCACCCUAGUCAUAGACUGUUCUCUCUUCUACCGCACGGCAAGCGGUACCGGAGCGCCAAGUCUAGGUCCAAAAGGCUUAUCAACAGAUUCUACCCCCAAUCCAUAAGACUCCUAAACAGCUAAUCAUGGCUACCCUGACUAUUUGCACUGCACAAAUCUGAGCUGACUACACAGACUGGGGCAGACUCCACUAAGCUGGCAGGCUGGCUAUCUCAUUGAGGAGUUAGAGCCCUGUCUAUGUUGAUGGAUAAGAUGAGAGCACCCCUCCAGCUAGGAUGGAGUCUGUCACUACUCAGCAGGCCAAUCUUGGUCGUGUUUGUGGGUGAGUCCCAGAAAGUGGGCCAAUUAUUAACAAGUGUGAUCUUUUGGGAGGGGCAGAAAACAGUUUUCAACCAGCAAUUGAAUUGUGCGAGUCUGCUGUAGAGCUCAUCACUCCCCCUAACUGGGAGGGGACCAUAGACAAUUACUCGAUGCCGACACAUCUUUCUGUCAAAGUAACACGCUGAAGCUAUGUUGUGCUUGGUGACCUGACUGUUUCAUCCUAACAUCGUUGGUGCCGACGAGGAUAACAAUAUCACUAUACACUCGCCAGUUUUAGCCUCAGCCAUCACCAUCUUCAGAUUAGCCUUUACGUCGGUAGCCCUGCCCCCUGCUAAACCAAUGUAUGAUCACUGGAUGAUUCUUUUGAAGUCUAAUAUUGUGGGUAAUGGAGUUGCCAAUGACUAGGGUUUUCAAUCUGUCAGAGCUAAUGGUGGGAGGCUUCGGUGGCUCAGACCCCGUAACUGGUGGAGGAGAGACCCGAGAAUGCUCGGGUUCUGACUUUGACUCAUUGCUUAGUGGGGAAAACCGGUUGCACAUUUAUUUUCAAUUAAAUGUUAGCUAGAAUUAGCAUAUGCUUACCUGGCAGAAUGAUAUCAUGAUUAGUUGCAUCAAUCCAGUGGGUAUUUGUUUUGCAAACUCUACCAUCAUGUGCGCUACAAAAACACACCUGAACAACAGCCUCUUGCUAGGUACGCACUGGAUAUUAAGGGUAACUACACCCCAAAAUCUAAAUGUUUAAAAACAUUUACCAGACUUCAAAAGUGGUCUCCUCCUGUGGACAUAGAACAUCCAAUUUAGUUGUUUUUCUAUUUAAAAAGUGUGAUUUUUGAGAGUGAAAACGGGGAAAAAACGGAAACCUGCAAAAACUAAACGGAAUUAGGCAGAAAAUCUAACUGAUUUUAUAGGGCCCUAGUGUGUGUGAGAGGAGGGAGAGUGGAGGGUUUGUGUCCAGGCUUAAGAUGCUUUUCUUUUCAAGAGAUUGUGGGUUUCUGUUUUUAAGGAGUGGUGGAGGAGUUGUUGCAUGAGAGAAAAAAUAUUAAUUUAAUUGGAAUUAGAGGAAAUAAAUCAACAAGCAGGUCUGUUAAUGUCUGGACAGUGCAAAGCAAUAGGCUAAGCUUACUUUUCAAGAGAAACGGUGCUCAUUGCCAUGUUGAUGUGGGUUGCUUUAGUAAGCAGGGCAGAGUGUCAGUGUAGCAUGUUGGGGGGCCAUUAUGGGAAUGUAUGCACUCACUAACUGUGGGUCGCUCUGGAUAAGAGCGUCUGCUAAAUGACGCAAAUGUUAAUGGAAUAGUUGCACUGCUGGAAGCCUGAUUGUGAUGCCUCCACAGAAAUAUGGAAGUUCCUUUGUUUAUGAAAUCGUCAGGUUUAUUAGACGAAACCGAUUUACCAGGUUUCUGGGGUAACUGUCAACUUCAUUCUUUGUGAGCUGCAAAAAUGCAUGUUAGCCUAGGUUUGGUUUCUUACGGUGUCAAACAAUGGAAAACUGAACUGCAUUCCAGCUUUCUGGCUGGAAUGCUGUAUGACUUAUCCAGGAAUCCGGGUAAGUGGCUUCAACAGUGUUGUGUUUGAGUUCAAAUAGUGUUGAAAAGGCGACAUUACGUGUUUACACACACCUGCCUAUUUCCACUCUGUCAGUGCCCCUCCAGCCCGCAUGGGUCUCCUGGCUGCUGGCAUGUGAGUGAUGGUGGGGCCUGGCUGUUGGUGGUCUGUUGCUGUGGGGUCAGACACUGGUCAUUAUAACCUGGUCAUGGCUGAGUGACACCAUCGCCUGCCUUCUGGUAGCCCCCAGGGACCCCCGCCUUGACUAACAGUUCCUCCAGGACCCACUGCCUUUAUUGGGGGCUGUAGGGGCGGUGUUAGGGGUGCAAUAUCGCCCCCAUGUUACUGCCCCCUUUACUACCCUACCUUUGCCCAAACUGGGUUGUUGUCCUCAGUGUCAUCAUGGUCCCAUAGUGCUGCUGUCUCAGAAAAGGAGGAGCUAGGAAGGGGCUCAGAAUAGGAGGAAACAAGAAAAGUCUCAGGCCAGGAGGAACCAGGAAGGGGCUAAGGUCGCCAGGAGGAAGUCAAGACCAACAGCGGUAGGGUUAGGAAAGAUGUCCAAGAUAUGAUAUCUAGCAGGAAAUGGUAAGGCAAGAAUGGGUAUGCGAACCAGCUAAUUAAAAAGUUAAGUCUUCGUUGAAUAUUUGCGAUGCGCAAUUCAGUCAUCAUGGAAUAGCCUACUUUGAAAAUCAGACAUUUCCUCUAGGCUCUGAUUUAAAGUUCUACUGCGCCAAUAUAAUUUAUUGGAUCCAGUUGCAGAGGGAGGUGUUUAGUCCCAGGGUCCUUAGCUUAGUGAUGAACUUUGAGGGCACUAUGGUGUUGAAUGCUGAGCAGUAGUCAAUGAAUAGCAUUCUCACAUAGGUGUUACUUUUGUCCAGGUGUGAAAGGGCAGUGUGGAGCGCAAUAGAGAUUGCAUCAUCUGUGGAUCUGUUGGGGCGGUAUACAAAUUGCAGUGGGUCUAGGGUUUCUGGAAUAAUGGUGUUGAUGUGAGCCAUGACCAGCCUUUCAAAGCACAUCCUGGCUACAGACGUGAGUGCUACAGGUCGGUAGUCAUUUAGGCAGGUUACCUUAGUGUUCUUGGGCACAGGGACUAUGGUAGUCUGCUGGAAACAUGUUGGUAUUACAGGCUCAGAAAGGGAGAGGUUGAAAAUGUCAGUGAAGACACUUGCCAGUUGGUCAACGCAUGCUCAGGGUACACAUCCUGGGAAUCCGUCUGGCCCUGCGGCCUUGUGAAUAUUGACCUGUUUAAAGGUCUUACUCACAUCGGCUACGGAGGGCGUGAUCACACAGUCGUCCGGAACAACUGAUGCUCUCAUGCAUGUUUCAGUGUUACUUGCCUCGAAGCGAGUGUAGAAGUAAAUUAGCUCGUCUGGUAGGCUCGUGUCACUGGGCAGCUCAUGGCUGUGCUUCCCUUUGUAUAGUCUGUAAUAGAUUGCAAGCCCUGCCACAUCCGACGAGCGUCGGAGCCGGUGUAGUACGAUUCGAUCUUAGUCCUGUAUUGACGCUUUGCCUGUUUGAUGGAUCAUCGGAGGGCAUAGUGGGAUUUCUUAUAAGCUUCCGGGUUAGAGUCCCGCUCCUUGAAAGCGGCAGCUCUACCCUUUAGCUCAAUGUGGAUGUUGCCUGUAAUCCAUGGCUUCAGGUUGGGGUAUGUACGUACAGUCACUGUGGGGACGACGUCAUCGAUGAACUUAUUGAUGAAGCCAGUGACUGAUGUGGUGUACUCCUCAAUGCCAUCGGAAGAAUCCCGGAACAUAUUCCAGUCUGUGCUAGCAAAACAGACCUGUAGCUUAGCAUCUGCUUCAUCUGACCACUUUUUUUAAUUAACCGAGUCACUGGUGCUUCCUGCUUUAGUUUUUGCUUGUAAGCAGGAAUCAGGAGGAUAUAAUUAUGGUCAGAUUUGCCAAAUGGUGGGCGAGGGAACGCUUUGUACGCGUAUCUGUGUGUGGAGUAAAGGUUGUAUAGAGUUUUUUUUCCCCCCUCUGGUCGCACAUUUAACAUGCUGGUAGAAAUGAGGUCAAACGGAUUUAAGUUUCCCUGCAUUGAAGUCCCCGGCCACUAGGAGUGCCGCCUCUGGAUGAGCAUUUUCCUGUUUGCUUAUGGCCGGAUACAGUUCAUUGAGUGCGGUCUUAGUGCCAGCAUCGGUUUGUGGUGGUAAAUAGACAGCUACGAAGAAUGUAGAUGAAAACUCUCUUGGUAGAUAGUCUGGUCUACAGCUUAUCAUGAUAUAUUCUACCGCAGGCGAGCACGGUUGGUUAAGAGUCCAUAAAACGGCAGCCAUUCCCUCCGGCGCCAUUAUAAACCUGUACUAUGCAAAUAUGCAUGUACUAACACUGUACCGUUUACACCUUCUGUAUCCUGUGCAUGUGACAAAUAAACUCACAUUUUAAUUGAUAUAGCAUGUGUUUACCACAUGGCCUCACGUGAAUCCUUAAAGAGAUGGCUGGGACUAAGGCUUAAGAGGGUGUGAACGAUGCUGAAUGGGUGUAGACAAAGAAGAGCUGUCCAGUAAGUGUUCCAAAACAUUCAAGGACCAUUUUCUCAAAAGUGGGGUUAUAAGUUUAUCAACUUUCAAAGCAGAAUUACUUUCCCAUUGUUCCUCAACUGCAAUGUAAAAAACACUAUUUCAAAAUGUUUUACAUAAGACCGAAUCGAGGUGGUCGGUUACAUUUGCAUCAAUCCAGUGUCCAUUUAUUUUGGAAACUCAUCACGAGUACGCUACAGAAACACUGCUAGCCAAACACAACUGUCUGGCUGGUUUGCACCUGAAAUAAAGGGUAACUACAAAAAAAAUCUAAAUUUCUCAGAUUUUUCCCAGACCUAAAAAAUGGUCCCCUGAUAUGGUUUAAUCUUUGUUGUGGACUUAGAACAUCCAAUUUAGUUGCUUUUCAAUUAAAGUGUGAUUUUGAGAACAAAAACCUGAAAAAAACGGGGGGAUAUCACAGUCCUCCCCGUUUUUUUUUGGGGGGGGGGCCUUUGUAUUGUUUUUGGUAUCAAGUAUAGUUUUUGCUAAUUCUGCCUUCUAGAGGAUUUCGCAUAACACAUAGCACUUUGAAACCUGGAUAAAUACAUUUUGCACUUUAUUUUAAGUAUAUUUUAUUUGCUGUUACAGUAAAUCUACCACAAUCAGUGUAAGAUCACAAGGGCAUGCUAAUUUAAAAGAUGGCUAGUCAUUAUUCGCCUGGUUCUGUAUGGAAUGCAGGCAUAUUAUGGGACACAGGCCCGGUCAUUAUCAAUUAUUUUAUAAAAAAAUUGGUGUGACCAAAUCAUGUGUUGGUGCCACAAACUGAAAAAGUUGGUAGCACACCAGUGGAAAUAGUUAGUGUAGAACCCUGUAAAGAGCUGCCAAAUGGAACUCAUCGUAAACUCCCUGUCUGCCUGCACUGUCAGGUCAUCACAGCCCAUUGUUAUGGCCUUUUUACACUUCACUAGUUUGAUAACACAUACUAGUUCCAGGACACACAUUUUUGUAGUGUAAAGAGACUGAUCUAGAUAAAAAUCUCUCUUUCUCAAGCCACCUCCGUAGGUAGAGACACAUCUACAGGCGCCAAUGCUAACUGGCAUUUGUGCAAUGACUGGAAGUCUUUGGUAUCUACUAGCAUGCUAGCAGAUACCAUAGACUUCCAGUCAUUGCGCUAAUGCUAGUUAGUAAUUGCGGCAACUAUAGUUAGCAACUUCCUUCAAACUGCACGCAGAAACAUACAAAUGGUAUCCACAAGUUCAUCUGUCUCUGGGGAAUUAGAUAAACGACUUAAUUGCCAAACUCCUGAAGUAUCCCUUUAAUACCAGUACACAGCAUUUUUGUUGUUAGGCAAAUUUGAAAAUUAAAGGCUUUUAAAAUGUCCACACAUUUGUGCAACAUUAUGGGCGACAUGGUUUAGAUGAGCUCCUUUAUAGUUUGAUAGCUAUCCUUUUUUUGUUUGUCUAUACACUACUAUGGUAGUUACGGUAUGCUGAAUCUACACACAUAUGAAGCAGAAAUGUUGCUUUGGCCACACCACAUCCAAGGAUAAUAUAAGGAUAGUGUAAACAGAAAAGUUGCAAAUCUGAUGUUGAAGAGAGGCAGAUUUUACUACACAUAUUUUACUAAUGUAAAGAAUGCAUUAGUUCACAUCUCUCCUGUUUGUGUUACAAGCCCUAAUGUUUGUAAGGAAGGCUACUUUUGAUUAGCAUGACCAGGAGCGUGUUACCACAUUGUGUGCACAAGGGGUGUAAUGCAGUAGGCCUCCUCCCCUCAUCCCUCCUUCCUCCACUCCCACAGGGCCGGAAUUGACUGUGUGGUCUCAAGGCUGCUGAAACCAACUUUCCUGUUUUGUUGGUUGAUUUAUUUUGGAGGUAUUAACCUUGGUCGUUGAUCAUGGAAGGAACGUUAGUCAACUAUUACCAGGGGUAGCUAGCAUUUGUAUGUAGGCCUACCUAAGUUUGGAUGCGAGUAAAAAUAAGUUUAAUGCUCGAUGGCUCAAAUGGAUGAAUCGAUAACUAAUAACCUCGGCAUCAAGGUUUGCCAAGGGCGUGGAUGUAGAGCAAAGGGCACCUGUUUGAGUUAUUGCAGUGAAGAGACUUUACACUGGUAUGAAUGGAGAAAAUGGAAAACGCUGCUCUACUCUUGUAACAGGAACUGCCUUGUGACGGAAACCAUUAGCCUAUUGGACAUUGAUUGAAUAGGCAAUCUCUUUGUAAACGUUUUGUAAACGUUCAGUCAUCAAAUUAUUUAACGGACGGUAUAUAUUUAUUGAUGGUGUUAAAUCAGGUCUUCUGGACAUAACAAAGGGUGUCCCACAGGGAUCGAUUCUUGGUCCGGUUCUUUUCACUAUUUACAUGAACAAUAUUGGUUUAUCUGUAAAAAGUAUAUAUACUUUCACCUGUAUGCAGACUGUAGUGUAUGCUUUGAUUUUGAUUUUAUUUAGGAUCCCCAUUAGCCGACGCCAAUGGCAACAGCUAGUCUUACUUGGGUCCGGCACAUAACGAAAAAGACAUUACAGGCAAAAAUACAUUACAAUUGACAUACAUUUAAAAACAUUAACAUGUAGACCUUCCAGAUUUAUAUAUAUAUAUAUAUAUAUAUAUAUAUAUAUAUAUAUAUAUAUAUAUAUAUAUAUAUAUAUAAAGAACAAUAAAAGGCACACAAAUUUGCUAAAAAAUAUACAAUACAGCGAAAUAAUAAUAAUAAUAAUAAUAAUAAUGUGUGGGGGUGUGUGCAUCUAUCAGUUACACAUACACUGAGUGUACAAAACAUUAGGAACACCUGCUCUUUCCAUGAGACUGACCAGGUGAAUCCAGGUGAAAGCUUUGAUCCCUUCUUGAUGUCACCUGUUAAAUCCACUUCAAUCAGUGUAGAUGAAGGGGAGGAGACAUGUUAAAGAAGGAUUUUUAAGCCUUGAGACAAUUGAGAAAUGGAUUGUGUAUGCGUGCCAUUCAGAGUGUGAAUGGGCAAGAUGAAAGAUUUAAGUGCCUUUUGAACUGGGUAUGGUUGUGGGUGCCAGGCGCACCAUUUUGUGUGUCAAGAACUGCAACACUGCUGGGUUUUUCACGCUCAACAGUUUCCAAUGUGUAUCAAGAAUGGUCCACCACCCAAAGGACAUCCAGCCAACUUGACACAACUGUGGGAAGCAUUGGCGUGAACAUGGACCAGCAUCCCUGUGGAACGCUUUCGACACCUUGUAGAGUCCAUGCCCUGACGAAUUGAGGCUGUUCUGAGGGCAAAAGGGGGUGAACUCAAAUUAGGAAGGUGUUCAUAAUGUUUUGUACACUCAAUGUACAUGUCAGUACAUACAUACACACAAUAAGUAGGUCAGGUGUUGCUUCUUUUGUUUUCUGAAACCAGGUUUGCUGUUCACUUGCGCUACAUGAGAUUGAAGGGAGUUCCAUUCAAUCAUUGCUCUAUAUAAUAUUGUAAGUUUCCUUGAAUUUGUUCUGGACCUAGGGACUGUGAAGAGACCCCUGGUCGCAUGUCUGGUGGGGUAAGGACUGUAUGUCUGUCAGAGCUAUAUGUAUGUUGAUUGAUUAUACAGACAAUUAUUUUGAAUUUUCAACACAUUAAUAUUUCUCACAAAAACAAGAUUUGAUGCAGUCAAUCUCUCCUCUCCUUUAAGCCAAGAGAGAUUGACAUGAUUUGUUUGCAUUGAAGGGCAAGACAUGCUGCUCCAUUCUGGGCCAGCUGCAGCUUUUCUAGGUCCUUUUUUGCAGCACUUGACCAUAUCACCGGCCAAUAGUCAAGAUUAAUACAAAUUAGAGCCUGCAGGACUUGUUUGGUCGACUGUAGUGUUAAAAAUGCUGAACUUCUCUUUAUCACAGACAGACCUUGCCCCAUCUUUUCAACAAUUAAAUCAAUAUGCCUUGACAAUUUACAGUUUAAGAUGACACCAAGAAGUUUAGUCUUCUCAACUUGCUCAACAGCCACUAUGUUAUUGCCCCCACAGCUGACCAGGCUCUGUCAGAGCUUCAAUCUGCCUUUAUUACCCUGCAGAUAGCCUUUGUUGAACUGAAAUGGGUACUUAAUGAAGGUAAAACCAAGUAUGUUCUUUUCCACAUCAUGUAAAAAUGUAUCUGAUGAUUUGUGCAUACGUACAGUUGAAGUCGGAAGUUUACAUACACCUUAGCCAAAUACAUUUAAACUCAGUUUUUCACAAUUCCUAACAUUUAAUCCUAGUAAAAAUUCCUUGUCAUAGGUCAGUUAGGAUCACCACUUUAUUUUAAGAAUGUGAAAUGUCAGAAUAAUAGUAGAGAGACUGAUUUAUUUCAGCUUUUAUUUCUUUCAUCACAUUCCCAGUGGGUCAGAAGUUUACAUACAAUCAAUUAGUAUUUGGUAGCAUUGCCUUUAAAUUGUUUAACUUGGGUCAAAUAUUUCGGGUAGCCUUCCACAAGCUUCCACAAUAAGUUGGGUGAAUUUUGGCCCAUUCCUCCUGACAGACCUGGUGUAACUGAGUCAGGUUUGUAGGCCUCCUUGCUCGCACACGCUUUUUCAGUUCUGCCCACAAAUGUUCUAUAGGAUUGAGGUCAGGGCUUUGUGAUGGCCACUCCAAUACCUUGACUUUGUUGUCCUUAAGCCAUUUUGCCACAACUUUGGAAGUAUGCUGGGGGUCAUUGUCCAUUUGGAAGACUCAUUUGCGACCAAGUUUUAACUUCCUGACUGAUGUCUUGAGAUGUUGCUACAAUAUAUCCACAGCAUGAUGCUGCCACCCCCGUGCUUCACGGUUGAGAUGGUGUUCUUCGACUUGCAAGCAACCCCCUUUUUCCUCCAAACAUAACGAUGGUCAUUAUGGCCAAACAGUUCUAUUUUUGUUUCAUCAGACCAGUGGACAUUUCUCAAAAAAGUACGAUCUUUGUCCCCAUGUGCAGUUGCAAACCGUUUUUUAUGGCGGUUUUGGAGCAGUGGCUUCUUCCUUGCUGAGCGGCCUUUCAGGUUAUGUCGAUAUAGGACUCGUUUUACUGUGGAUAUAUAUACUUUUGUACCUGUUUCCUCCAGCAUCUUCACAUGGUCCUUUGCUGUUGUUCUGGGAUUGGUUUGCACCAAAGUAAGUUCAUCUCUAGGAGACAGAAUGUGUCUCCUUCCUGAGCGGUAUGACGGCUGCGUGGUCCCAUGGUGUUUAUACUUGCGUACUAUUGUUUGUACAUAUGAACGUGGUACCUUCAGGCAUUUGGAAAUUGCUCCCAAGGAUGAACCAGACUUGUGGAGGUCUACACAUUUUUCUCUGAGGUCUUGGCUGAUUUCUUUUGAUUUUCCCAUGAUGUCAAGCAAAGAGGCACUGACUUUGAAGGUAGGCCUUGAAAUACAUCCACAGGUAUACCUCCAAUUGACUCAAAUGAUGUCAAUUAGCCUAUCAGAAGCUUCUAAAGCCAUGACAUCAUUUUCUGGAAUUUUCCAAGCUGUUCAAAGGCACAGUCAACUUAGUGUAUGUAAACUGGAAUUGUGAUACAGUGAAUUAUAAGUGAAAUACUCUGUCAGUAAACAAUUGUUGGAAAAAUUACUUGUGUCAUGCACAAAGUAGAUGUCCUAACUGACUUGCCAAAACUAUAGUUUGUUAACUAGAAAUUUGUGGAGUGGUUGAAAAACGAGUUUUAAUGACUCCAACCUAAGUGUAUGUAAACUUCUGACUUCAACUGUGCUUUGGAUGAUGCCCUCAUUGAUCAUGUUCCUGUUUAUCUGGAUUGACGAAAAGCCAUCUUUCAAAAAGCUUGUUGAUGAGUUAGUUAAGAAAUUAAGAAUCAAAAUAGGCUCCUUCUAUAGGAAUAGGUAUUGUCUUUCGUUAAAUAGCAGAAAACAAAUAAUUCAGUCAACAUUCAUUCCAAUUAUGCAGCUGCCACUGUAUUGAAGCCAUUGGACGCAGUUUAUCAUAGCGCAUUGUACUUUAUUAUGGGCGAUAGGUUCAGUAUACGUCAUUGCAUUUUGUAUCAGAAAGUAGGCUGGCCCUCUUUUGAAGUCUCGUAGAUUGAUGCACUUUUAUGACUCAUAGAAGAGUCUUCAACUAUAAGGUGCUUUUUUUUGUUCCCCUAGCUGUGCUGUUGAGGAACUAGAGCAAGCACACUUGUAGUUGUUUACUUUGGAACAUAGCCCUGCAUUCCCGCCUUUUAUAUUACUGUUUACACAAUCCAAAAAUGGUUAUUCUGUUCAGGACAACCCAGGGUAUAACGCCAUAUCAUCUUGUAACUGUACAUCAAACAUAGUGAUCAUAAACGUUGAGACUAUAUUAGCAUACAAACGUUUUAUGAUAUGGAAAUUUGAGGUGCACAUUUAGAUUCCUGGGUGUUUGGCUUGCUUGUGUGUCGACAGACUGCAGCCAGAGAAUUUAUUAUAAACCUCAACAUCUCAUCUUUCAAAAUACAUAGUCUCCGUAAUUUACAGCAUUUCUCUCACUCGGGCAACAAAAACUGCAAAAGUUCUUGUCUCACGCGGUGCUCAAGUUCAGAACGGCGGUCAGUGAAAACCCAUACAGAGCUGUGAAGCAGAGACCCUGAGCUCUGACUUCAUGUAUACUAUGUUACUUCACAGCCACUGCGUUCCAAUUUAGACGCUUAUCAGUGUCCAAAUUUGCCAUUUUCAACCCUUAUACGGAUACAAGUGUAAAGGGCCACAGCUGGUGGAGUUGGUGCCUCUAGGGCAAUUCAUGCAGAUGUUAGAGGGCCUUUUUACUGAAGAAUGUGUUUGUUUCAUAUGAUUGUGUUUUGCUUUUCAUGUAUUGCAUAAUUGAUGUGUAUGUACAGUGCAUUCGGAAAGUAUUCAGACCCCUUGACCUUUCCCACAUUUUGUUACGUUUCAGCCUUAGAUAUGUAUAGUGUAAUUGUUGUUUAUUGAUGUGUUCAUGCAGGGCUCAUCUGCAAAAUCAAGCAUAAUUUGGCAUUUUAUCCCUCAUCCCUGGCUCACUGACUACUACAAUUGAUUACAUUAAACAGAAGGGGGUAAAUACCCAUUGUCAACCAAAUCCAGUGGUGCUGGCUGCUUCAUCAAUAGGUUAAUAAACUCUAACCCCUGUGAGGGUGCAACAUGCCACAGAGAAAGACGUCUCGCGGUAUAUCUCUCACUCACUCACUCACUCCGCCUUUAAUAUGUUACUAGUAGGUUCUGUAACGUGCUGUCGUUUCCGGUGGCCCAGAGGAAUGUUCUUAUAUAAUCUGAGAGCCAUCAGACUGCAGGGAGAGGGAAGAUGGCUGGAUACAUUCACUACAGUAACCUAACAGUGACAGCCUCCGCUACCUGCCUGCUGUAGUGGAAAAGUGAGGCCACAGCAUGAGCCUGACUCUGGAGUCUGUAGCCUGGCCACAUGGUCACUCAACCACUGUUUGGCCUCCAAGAAGUGGGACACAUCGUAUGCACUGACUGACCACACACACACAAAGACAAUGACUUUCUGGCUCUGACAUACACUACCAGUCAAAAGUUUGGACACACCUACUCAUUCAAGGGUUUUUCUUUAUUUUUAAGAAAUUCCACAAAUUCACUUUUAAGAAGGCACACCUGUUUAAUUGAAAUGCAUUCCAGGUGAUUACCUCAUGAAGCUGGUUGAGAGAAUGCCAAGAGUAUGCAAAGCUGUCAUCAAGGCAAAGGGUGGCUAUUUGAAGAAUCUCAAAUGUAAAAUGUAUUUUGAUUUGUUUAACACUUUUUUGGUUACUACAUGAUUCCACAUGUUAUUUCAUCGUUUUGAUGUCUUAACUAUUAUUCUACAAUGUAGAAAAUAGUAAAAAAUAAAGAAAAACCCUGGAAUGAGUAGGUGUGUCCAAACUUUUGACUGGGACUGUAUGUUUGGGCUUUUAAUGUGUCACUACUUAGUUAUAUCCAUGGUGGGUUUUAGUUUAUGGUAACCUGGGAUUGAUUAUAGGUGUUGGUAUCUUUACAAACUCUCUUAAACCCAUAGGCCUUUAAAAAAAAACAGAUGAGCCUUUUAUGCUCCUGUCCAUACCUUGUGGAGAACGCUGAUGGAGUCAUGGAAUCCAGACAUUAAAACGGAAUUCAACAAUAUUCAAACAUGUAUUGAAUUUAGUAGGACAUCAACUAAAUGUACUGAACUUAUUUGAAAAUGCAUUAAUUUGCCCAAGAUUAUCAAAACAUGCUGACCAAACCACCCCUGUUGCGUGCGUGAGCGUUGCAAAAUAAAUGUACAUGUUAUUCAAUCAUUUCAUCCAAACUGCUCGCACGCGUCAACGGGCGUCUGCGUAGCCCGGUGCUAAAAUAGAACUUGGUUCUAUUUUAGACACUUGACACACUGAAAGGCCUGCCUCUCUCAUCUACUCAUUGGUUUUUAGGAACAUACUAACCCACGUGGGUGAUUGAAAGAUGAGCGAGGUCCACAUUCCAUUCCAGAUGGUGGCGGUAAUGUACCUUAAAGUUGGUUGCCAACCGCCAUAUAAAAUCCAUAGAAGAAGAAUAAAUAUGAAGAGAUUAAUAAUAAAAUAAAAUAAACUAGGUUUCCCCUUUUAUCUGUGGAUUAAUUGUCGAAGUAGGGAACACAUGAUUUUGUGUGACUGAAAAUGGGUCCAAAUUUACAACGAUCCAGUGGGAAAAAAGGAACAUAUUCGUUUCAGGUAAAAUGACAACCCAAUGUUUAUCUACGAGGACAAAUUGGCUAGCAACAGCAAGUUAGCUAAAUGUCCAUGAAUGUUUCAUGUGUGUUUCAACCUGUCCUCAAAUUAAUAAACACUGAACAAAAAUAUAAAUGCCACAUGCAACAAUUUCAAAGAUUUUACUGAGUUAUAUGAACUGUAAGGAAAUCGGUCAAUUUAAGUAAAUUCAUUAGGCCCUAAUCUAUGGAUGGAUUUCACAUGACUGGGAAUACAGAUAUGCAGCUGUUGGUCACAGAUACCUUAAACAUAUUUUUUUUAAAGUAUGGCCGUGGAUCAGAAAACCAGUCAGUAUCAGGUAUGACUACCAUUUUGCCUCAUGCAGCGCGACACGCUGUCUGCCAUCUACCCGGUACAGUUGAAACCGGGAUUCAUCCGUGAAGAGCACACUUCUUUAGCAUGCCAGUAGCCAUCAAAGGUGAGCAUUUGCUCACUGAAGUCAGUUACGACGCCGAACUGCAGUCAGGUCAAGACCCUGGUGAGGACAACGAGCACACAGAUGAGCUUACCUGAGAUGGUUUCUGACAGUUUGUUCAGAAAUUCUUCGGUUGUUUAAACCCACAGUUUCAUCAGCUGUCCGGGUGGCUGGUCUCAGACGAUUCCGCAGGUGAAGAAGCCGGAUGUGGAGGUCCUUGGCUGGCGUGGUUACACAUGGUCUGCGAUUGUGAGGCCUGUUGGACGUACUGCCAAAUUCUCUAAAAUGAUGUUGGAGGUGGCUUAUGGUAGAGAAAUUAACAUUCAAUUCUCUGGCAACCGCUCUGGUGGACAUUCCUGCAGUCAGCAUGCCAAUUGCUCGCUCCCUCAACUUGAGACAUCUGUGGCAUUGUGUUGUGUGACACAACUGCACAUUUUAGUGGCCUUUUAUUCAUGAAACAUGGGACCAACACUUUACAUGUUGUGUUUUAUAUUUUUGUUCAGUAUAGUUGGUAGUUAGUUAACCUGCGUGUCAUGAACUGUCUGGUAGGGUUAGACAAAAUCAACAUGCGCACGAUGGCACACACGGACGCACGCGCUGAGCCGGUGAUUUUUGAGAGUUAAAACCUGAACUGGAAACCUGGAAAAACAAAACGGAGAAAUCUGAAUUUGGGAGAAAGUGGAAUCGGGCAAAAAAAAAAGAUAUAGGGCCCUACAUCGGUCAGUGACAUCUCAUAAAAGCCCAUGAGAUACGGAGGUUGUAAAUGAUUGUUCAAGGUUUUAAUAUCCUCUUGUUUUUGGGAUGUGUUGGGUUUUCAGGCCCUCCUGCCAUUGUAUUUCAUGACCUGUCACUUCUAAUUACUGUGUGUUUCUCUGACACCUCCAACUCUCUUUCUGUUGUCCUCUCUCUAUUUCUCUCUCUCUCACUCUUACUGACAUUUGUGAGUGUCACAUUACGGUCGGUUAUGGUGUGUGUGUGUGUUCUAUUCUUUAGUGACAAGUCAUGCAUGUGUUGAAGCAGUGGUCGUGUUGCCGUCAUUAUGCCUAACCAUGUUCUCUGUGUGUGCAAUGGCAGCCCUGUACCCGUGAGGCGACAUGGUUGUGUUGUCAUAGUAUCUGUGUUCUCUCUAUAUACAGAGGUAGUUGAUGCCGUGGUCUUGUUACAGUCCCACCCUAACCAUGUCUUUCUCUCUGUCUCUGUCUUCAGUGACAGUUAUGCGCGUGUGAGAGCAGUGGUCAUGACUCGGGAUGACUCCAGCGGUGGGUGGCUGCCUCUGGGAGCCGGGGGCCUCAGCUGCGUCACCGUCUACAAAGUCAGCCGGACACCGGACAGCGACAGCAACAGCAGCACCACAGACCCAAACACCACCACCACCACAGCAGACUUCCUCAUCAAGGGGGAGCGGCUCAAAGACAAAUCGGUAAGGGUCCACCUCGCUUUCUACACACACACAUCGAGUGCAAUUCUCCUCAUUUAAGCUAUAAAAUAACCGUCAAAACCGUUUAAACAGGCCUACAUUCAUUUUAGUAUGUAUUUAAGUUUUUAUUAACGUUAUUUUAAUGUAGAUAAACUUUACGUAAUAGUGGGAGUGUUUACUAAUGAUUAUAAGCAAUUGUUUUUCUAACCUAGUCUGUAUAUUAAACUUUCUACAUCUCCUAUGGCACUUCAGUAAAAAUGUAUUUGAUGUAUGGACUUUUUUUUAUACAAUGCAGGUUUUCAUUGCUUGCUAGUAAUUAAAUACAUUGGUCUUUUAAAAAAAACGUUGGAUAUGUCUGACUAUUGAGGCCUAUAAUGCGCUAAUGUUGUGUCAAAUGGACAAUGCGGCAAUCCUCUCCAACCUGGCAUGGUAUAAUUUAAUAUGAAUAUUUUCUUAAUUUCUAGACUAAUCAACACUGAUCAUGCCCGAUCCUGGCCAAUAUGCCGCCCUAGGCGAGACCAAGGAAAUGACUGCCCUCUUAUCCCUGCAAAGUAGAAUCGUAGCCUAGGCUAUACAGUAUCAGCCGAAAUACACUUUUAUGAAUGGCCAUGUGGUAACCUACCGUUUGUAAAACAGGCAAUUUACCAUUAAUCCCUGUCAGAUGGUUACAUUAAUUUCUGUUAAUGCAUGUAUUCAUUACAGUAAUUUACCAUUAUCAUUGUUGGAGUGGAAACGUUGUUUGCAGAGUUCACAACCUGCUACACUUGUGAGAAACAAUUUUUGGUUUAUUUUAUACCAUAAUUUACGCACUCCAUGUACGCAAUGAGCAUAUGUCUGGUUUCUCUGUCCUGUUGAUGUUGACGGAGCACGCAUAGAAGUACCUGGCCUGCUUCUCGCAAAUGUCAAAAGUAGGAAUGUGCCCAACAGUGCUUAUGUCAUUGUUUUCUUCACCUCACACAGUAAAUCAACCAAGUUAUCCAUUAAAAUUAUAAUAGUUCCUCUCAGUAUUUUAAAAAUCAUUCCAACACUACUCCUCGAUAAUCAGCAUUACUGAUUAAUAGGCUAUGGACAUGUUGCAUGUAUUUGUUUCUAUUUUAAUGAUUGUCAAAUUCAUCUUCAUACUUUCCUUGUCAAUUGAUUAUCUUAUAGCCUACUUUCGGAAAGCCUAAGGUAGGCCUAGGUUUUUAAAACGUUUAAGGAAAGGAUAAAUAUUUGCUCUCUUCUCUGACAUACGCUGGUGGCUUUGAUUGACGGGUGCUUUGACGGGGCUGUGGGUGUAUGAGUUCGCUGAUUCUCUGUAGGCCUACAAUGUGGUCCUCUGUAGCUCAGCUGGUAGAGCACGGCAUUUGUUACGCCAAGGUAGUGGGUUUGAUCCCCGGGACCACCCAUACACAAAAAUGUAUGCACGCACGACUGUAAGUUGCUUUGGAUAAAAGCGUCUGCUAAAUGGCAUAUUAUUAUUUAUUAUUAUGCAUUCGGAAAGUAUUCAGACCCCUUGACUUUUCCACAUUUUGUAAGGUUACAACCUUAUUCUAAAAUUGAUUAAAUUGUUUUUUUCCCUUAUCAAUCUACACAUAAUGCCCAUAAUGACAAAGCUAACAGGUUUUUAGAAAUUUUUGCAAAUAUAUUUAAAAAAAAUAAUAAAUGAAAUGUCACAUUUACAGUAUUCAGACCCUUUACUCAGUACUUUGUUGAAGCAUUCUUCUCUGCAGAUCCUGUCAAGCUCUGUUAGGUUGGAUGGGGUCGCUGCACAGCUAUUUUCAGGUCUCUCCAGAGAUGUUCGAUCGGGUUCAAGUCCGUGCUCUGGCUGGGCCACUCAAGGACAUUGAGACUUGUCCUGAAGCCCCUCCUGUGUUGUCCCCUGUAGCUCAGUUGGUAGAGCAUGGUGCUUGCAACGCCAGGGUUGUGGGUUCGUUUCCCACGGGGGGCCAGUAUGAAAAUGUAUGCACUCACUAACUGUAAGUCGCUCUGGAUAAGAGCGUCUGCUAAAUGACUAAAAUGUAAAUGUCUUGACUGUGUGCUUAGGGUCGUUGUCCUGUUGGAAGGUGAACCUUUGCCCCAGUCUGAGGUCCUGAGCGCUCUGGAGCAUGUUUUCAUCAAGGAUCUUGCUGUAAUUUGCUCCGUUCAUCUUUCCCUCGAUCCUGACUAGUCUCCCAGUGCCUGCCGCUGAAAAACAUCCCCACAGCAUAAUGCUGCCACCACCAUGCAUCACCGUAGGGAUGCUGCCAGGUUUCCUCCAGAUCUGACGCUGGGCAUUCAGGCCAAAGAGUUCAAUCUUGGUUUCAUCAGACCAGAGAAUCGUGUUUCUCAUGGUCUAAGAGUCUUUAGGUGCCUUUUGGCAAACUCCAAGCAGGCUUUCAUGUGUAUUUUACUGAGGAAUGUCUUCCGUCUGGCCACUCUACCAUAAAGGCCUGAUUGGUGGAGUGCUACAGAGAUGGUUGUCCUUCUGGAAGGUUCUCCCAUCUCCACAGAGGAACUCUGGAGCUCUGUCAAAGUGACCAUUGGGUUCUUGGUCACCUCCCUGACCAAGGCCCUUCUCCCCCGAUUGCUCAGUUUGGCCGGGCGGCCAGCUCUAGGAAGAGUCUUGGUGGUUCCAAACUUCUUACAUUUGAGAAUGAUGGAGGCCUUCAAUGCUGUAGAAUUUAUUUUGUACCCUUCCCCAGAUCUGUGCCUCGACACAGUCCUGUCUCGGAGCUCUACGGACAAUUCCUUCGACCUCAUGGCUUGGUUUGUGCUCUGACAUGCACUGUCAACUGUGGACCUUAUAUAGACAGGUGUGUGCUUUUCCAAAUCAUGUCCAAUCAAUUGAAUUUCCCACAGGUGGACUCCCAAGUUGUAGAAACAUGUCAAGGAUGAUCAAUGGAAGCAGGAUGCACCUGAACUCAAUGUCCAGUAUCAUAGCAAAGGCUCUGAAUAAGGUAUUCUUAUUCUUUAUUUUUAAUACAUUUGCAAGAAUUUCUAAAAACCAGUUUUUGCUUUGUCAUUAAUGGGUGUUGUGUGUAGAUUGAUGAGGAAAUAAAAUAAUUUAAUCAAUUUUAGUAACAAAAUGUGAAAAAGGGGAAGGGGUCUGAAUAUGUCCAUUCAGAAGGUUUCCUAAAGUAGCCUGUCUGGACUCAAUCUCAUGAUUUAGUCUUGUAAAAGGCCGGUUUUCAGUAGCUUAGGCUACAUAAUUUCUCUCAAUAUGGCGUCCUCUCUUUGAAGAAUGACCGUAGUAGCAGGGUUUGUGACGUUAUGCGAAUAUUUUGGGAAAGUAGGAGAACCCAUCGGACUUUGUUUAAAUGGUUUUGUUCGUCGUAAUAGGAUCUGUAUUUUUUUCAUAUGCAGAAAAGCCAACAGACAAGGACAUGGUAGGAAUAUAUCUUUAUUUUGACUCUGUUAAUGUUGCGUCAAUACAAAAAUGCGACAGAUCCUCUCCAACCUGUCAUUUCUUAAUUUGUUUAUUAAUGUUUAUAACUAAUAACCUGAAUAAUAAUAAUGAAAUGCAUUGAUAAUAAAGAAGUGUAAUGGCUUGUUUCAAAUAGGUUUUUAUUAAGAAGCAUAUCCAUGUAAACAAGUGUACAAACAAUUGUGACCUCCCCCUUUUUUUAAACCUGUAUUCAAAGUGCCCACGAUUAAAUUCUUAAUAUAGAAUUAGAAUAAUUAUUCUAUUUCCAUUAUUCCAACAGUUCACCCAAGCGUUUUGAUCUAAAUCGCAAUUGCAAUAUUUGGUUAAAAACAAGGCCUAGAUUUUUUGCCCAUAUCGUGCAGCCCUAUGUGGAAACGAUCUCAAAUGAGGAAAUGCAGAAAUUGCUGAAAAAUGAUUUUUGGUUGAAGUUUGAUUGUUCUAUACUGUUCAAUCAGAAUGGAGAAGGCCCCAUUUUUUAAAUCCCUUAGAAUGUAUGUGUUGCCACCCUAGAGUCAUGCACUGCUCAUAAAGCAAAUGUAGAACUUUUAUUAUUCAAAAACAUCAAAUACCGUAAAAAAAUUGGGAAAUGUUGUGAUAUGAUAUUUGGGCCAUAUCACCCAACCUAGUGACAUGUAGCCUAAGAAUCAUAUAAAACUAUACAAACCUCCCACUCAGGGAGUCACACACUCCUUACACAAACCUUACACACCUCACACUCCUCGCCAUGCAACUCACACUCACUCUGAGGGCCUCAUACACACCACACACACUAAUCUAUCACAAUGGAGAGCAAGCAUGUUCGCUAUGUACUAUGCAUCGACUCAGCCUGUGACACAUUCCACAGCGAGGGGGUCGUGGGAUGAGAUCACCAUCAGCCUCCGCCUUACACACACAGUCACACAGGAAGUGGCUGUUUGGCUUUCCUCCGCUGCGCAGGGAAGGUAUCUGUAAAUAGGAGCGGGCUGAAUGAGUGUGUGAUGCAUGCUGACAUCAUCAGAGAGAAGAGAAGGGCAGACUGCUCAGAAGAGGGGGAUGAGGGAUGUAGGAAUUCAAACUAAAAAGAUAGAGGAAAAAGGAUGGAAAGAAUUGAACGGAUAUUGGUGCUCUGAGCACUGAUUCUAGUCAAAUAUUCCUAUGCUCUCGUCCUAAAACUAUCAUGCCCUUACGUCUCUUUUUUCAUGUUAAAUAAUAUAUUGAUGACCAUUUCCUUUGACAAGAAUGAAGAGAUGACUGUCUUCAUUAAGUGUCGUAGAGAAGUGGCUCCUGCCUGCUAUGCCACUUUCAGUGUAACUGUCUAUUCUGAGCCUGGGUCACCGUGCUACAUGGAGCAUGAUUCUGGUGAUGUCACCCACCCCAGUGGCUUGUUAAAGCGGGAGGUCCAAACCACCAUUUUACUACAGACAAUGGGAACAUGGGAAGAGAUGGAGACAGAGCCAGGGAGCGAGAGAAAGAAGGGAUCAGUGAAAGAGAUGGAGGGGAGGAAAAAGAGCGUGAGAUGGCCAGUCAAACUGUAAAAAAAGAGACUGAAAGAAGAGAAAGUGAGGGGGAGAUGGAGAGAUGAGGUGGUGACUGCAAUGUUGGAGGGGAUCUGCCAAUAAGCGUAAUGAUGCGGCACAGAGUGUACUGAUGAGUCAGCUGGCUCCUGAUAUUGCCACCAAUGGGCCUUCUCUCUCGCGUGCACACUUUUCUCUCUCGCGCUGUUCUCGCUCUGUUCUCUCUCUCUCUCUGUCCUAUCUCUCUCUCCCUCUGUUCUCUCUGUUCUCGCUCUCUGUUAUCUCUCUCUCUGAUCUCUCUCUGUUCUCUCAUUUCAAUUUAAGGGCUUUACUGGCAUGGGAAACAUAUGUUAACAUUGCCAAAGCAAGUAAAAUAGAUAAUAAACAAAAGUGAAAUAAACAAUAUAAAUGAACAGUAAACAUUACACUCAGAGUUCCAAAGGAAUAGAGACAUUUCAAAUGUCAUAUUAUGGCUAUAUACAGUUUUGUAAAGAUAUAGUACAAAAGGGAAAAUAAAUAAGCAUAAAUAUGGUUUUGUAUUUACACUGGUUGCCCUUUUCUUGUGGCAACAGGUCACACAUGUUGCUGUUGUGAUGCCACUCUGUGGUAUUUCACCCAAUAGAUAUGGGAGUUUAUCAAAAUUGGAUUUGUUUUCGAAAUCUUUGUGGGUUUGUGUAAUCUGAGGGAAAUAUGUGUCUCUAAUAUGGUCAUACAUUUGGCAGGAGGUUAGGAAGUGCAGCUCAGUUUCCACCUCAUUUCGUGGCCAGUGUGCACAUAGCCUGUCUUCUCUUGAGAGCCAGGUCUGCCUACGGCGGCCUUUCUCAAUAGCAAGGCUAUGCUCACUGAGUCUAUACAUAGUCAAAGCUUUCCUUAAGUUUGGGUCAGUAACAGUGGUCAGGUAUUCUGCCACUGUGUACUCUCUGUUUAGGGCCAAAUAGCAUUUCUAGUUUGCGCUGUUUUUUUGUUGUUAAUUCUUUCCAAUGUGUCAAAUAAUGAUAUUUUUGUUUUCUCAUGAUUUUGUUGGGUGUAAUUGUGUUGCUGUCCUGGGGCUCUGUGGGGUCUGUUUGUGUUUGUGAACAGAGCCCCAGGACCAGCUUGCUGAGGGGACUCUUCUCCAGGUUAAUUUCUCUGUAGGUUCUCUGUGUUCUCUCUCGCUCUCUCUCGCUCUCUCUCUGUGCUCUCUCUCUGUUCUCUCUCUGUUCUCUCUACCCCUCUCUCUGUUCCCUCUACCCCCUCUCUCUCUGUUCUCUCUCUCUGUUCACUCUCUCCCCACUCUCUCUGUUCUCUUUCAGUUAUCUCUCUGUUCUCUUCCCCCUCUUUCUCUUUCGAUCUCUUUCUCUCUGAUCUCUUUCUCUUUCUGUUCUCUCUCCCUCGGUUCUCUCUCUGUUCUCUCUCUCUGCCUCUCGCUUUCUCUCUCACGCUCUCUCUCUGUUUUCUCUCUCUCUGUUCUCCCCCUCUCUCUUUCGCUCGCUGUUCUCUCUCUCUGUUCUUGCUCUCUCUCCUUCUCUGUUCUCUUUGUGUUCUUUCUCUCUCUCCCCCUCUGUUCUCUCUCCUCUCUCUCCCUAGCUUGCGCUCUCUCUCUCUCUGUUCUCUCUCUCUGUUCUCUCUCUCUGUUCUCUCUCUCUGUUCUCUCUACCCCUCUAUCUGUUCUCUUUCAGUUCUCUCUCUGUUCUUUUCCCCUUCUUUCUCUCGCUGACUUUCUCUCUAUUCGGGACAACAGUAACAACAAUAAAAUAACCAUUGAACAAUAACAAUAUAGAGGACAUGUGCAGGUUGGUUGGUCUGUUCUCUCUCUGUUCUCUUUCUCUCUCUCUGUUCACUCUCUCUGUUCACUCUCUCGCUGUUCGCUUGCUCUCUCUGUUCUCUCUCUCUCUCUGUUCUGUCUCUCUGUUCUGUCUCUCUCGCUGUUCACUCACUCUCUCUCUGUUCUCUCUCUGUUCUUUCUCACUCUGUUUUCUCUGCUCUCUCUCUCUGCUCUCUUACACUGUUCUCUCUCUCUAUUCUCUCUCUCUCCCCCUCUCUCGCUCUGUUUUCUUGCUCUCUCUGUUCUCUCCCCCCCUCUUGCUCUUUCUCUCUCUCCCUCCCGCUCUCGCUUUCUCAGUUCUCUCUCUCUGUUCUCUCUUUCUCUGUUCUCUCUCCUCUCUCUCUCACUCUUUCACUCUGUUCUCUCGCUCUGUUCUCUCUGUCUCUGUUGGCUCUCUGUUAUCUCUCUCUGUUCUCUCUCUCUCUCUGUUCUCUCUCUGUCGCCCCGUCUCUCUCUCUGUUCUCUCUCCCCCUCUCUCGCUCAUUCUCUGUGUGUUUGUUAAAGAGCACAGAUUUUAUUGGCUGCUGAAUUACCAGCUCUCAGAUUAUAACAGCUCUCUCUCUCUAAACUCUCUGACUCUCUCUAAUAUGGCAGUUCUUUCUCCACUGCUAGAUUUAACCUAACCUUCUUAGAUGUACUUAUUUAUUUGUGUAGCCUGCCUAAUAGGCUACUUUUGUAUUGGAGUGAUUGAGAAUGAUUUGUAAUCUUUUUUCCUGAACCAACGAAUUUCCUUCAGGAUUUUAACCCAUAAAUGAAUAAAGAUAAGAGAUCGUACAAACUAAGAGGACUGUGCCCCAGUUACUCUAUGUGUAUCGGAAGUUGUUUUUGGAAUUAGUUUAUAGAUAUAGCAUUGCUGCUUGGUAGAUUAUCAAAUGGAUAACUGAAUGGAUGGAUGUGGCAUCUAUCUCUCUGAUUUGGUGUGUCUGCUGUUUGGUGUCUGCUUGUCCUCUGCUCUCACACAGAGAAACAGUCCUGUCCUCUUGACAACAUCCCAGAGUGGAAUCAGUCCCCCUCCUUCAAACUCCCCCAAUCUGUUAAGACUCUCACUGAAUUAAAUUGAUCUUCUCUCUCCUUCUUUCUCUCACUAUCUCAUUACCAAUCCCUCCCUCUCUCUCGCUCCACCUCUGUCUCCUACAUACAUAGGAUCUUAAUUUGAUCACCCUGUUGCAGGAGAACUUGGUGUAUUUGAGGUUUAAAAAGGCUUCUACAGUUUGUAAUUUCCACGUUUAAGUUUCAGACUUGAUUUUCCCUUACGAAAAAUGUACCUCUACAAAAAUGUCCAUACAUAAAAAUUCACACUUCCUGUUGCUGCAUGAUUAUUUUCCUGCUGUAGGAGACUGGCUCAAACUAAGAGCCUACAUCUGUAUUUUCACUUUCUCCCUCGCUCUCUAGGUCUCUCUCUGGUCUCUACUCUCCACCUUUCUGUGGCUCCACCUCUCUAUUUCCCUGUGUUGAAUGAAUGUGGUAUUGAGUGUCAUCCUUCCUCAACAGCGAUACGUCCUCCUCUCCCAGGCUAGCCGCUCACCUUACCCACUCCGGCUCCGCUCAGUCUCGCCUCCCACAAUCAGCCCCAGAGGCAGACACCCCCUCACGCCUCCCUCUCCCUCCCUCCUUCCCUCUCCCUCCCUCCUUCCCUCUCCCUCCCUCCUUCCCUCCACAGGCUCUGUGUAAACACAAGGGCUAAACCCUUACUGCUCACUUUCUUACUGCUGUUUCUUAUUCCUCUCUUUCUCUGGGCGAGCGAGACACACUCCUGUCUAAUACACACCUGCAUUUACAGCUAAUAGGCCUAUUUGUAAUACAUGAAUGUUUUUGUGCACUACUCAUGUGAUCAGUCACACACCAGAUAUAUCACAUAUCCACACACCCACACAUACAGCUUCCACCUAUGCUCUCUUAUCAAACAUAGACAAAGGUGUACACGUUGACAAUGAUUUAGAUACUGACCAUCAUGAUGCCGUAGGGGCUUGACUUUCUUUGACUGGUGAUUUGUUUUAGGGGUUUCUUAUAUUGUUUUUGCAUAGGUACAAUUAAAUGUUAUUACCAAUCUUUAUUUACUAAUACUGCCGUUUGGUUAUAAACGUGACAAUAUAGCACAAAUUACCAUGUCAUAGACAACCACCAAAUAACGGUUUCAAACAUGCACAUCAAACAGAAUGCACAAGUUACCACACAACAAUGUCGUCCCUUCCUUCCCUCCCUCAUUCUACCCAACGUGCACGCGCCCCCUCUCACUCACUCAGCCCUCGUCGUCGUGCACAUUCACCCAAAGCCUCAAAGACUAAUGGCCGUAUCUCAUUUCAUUUAAUCUGCCUAGAGGAAGGGCUGGAGACCAUCUAGCAGUCUUGAUUAAUAAUAGGCUUUUGGAAGCAACCGUCUCUCUUUCACACACUUAGUUUCUGUGCCUGGCUCCAAAACGUAUCAUAACUCCAGCUUUAUCAUUUGUAAAAUAAAGCCCCACUAUAUUGUAAUGUGUUUUACAAAUGAAGAGGGGGGGAAGGGUUAGGGUUAAUUAUUGGGGACUUGGAGUGUUUCUAUUUUUCAGAAGUUUCUCCUCAUAUCCAGUGUUGGGACAGGGUUGGGGCUUUUCAUUUUUCUCCACGCGCUUCGUGUUGUGUUGUAAUUAAACGUGACACAUUUAAACAGCUUAGGGUGUUGAAUAAGAUGGAGGUUAAAUGUCUGUUCCUCAAAGGUUCCCUCAGACAGGGGUAAAUAGCAUAGUUUCCAUUGAGUGAUUUUACACUCCUAUACCAUGCUGGAUUUCUACUUAACCAUAAAACGGCAUUGCUUAUUGAGUGAGGAAACUGAUUUUGGGGCUUUCUUGCUGCUUCUGGAGAAAGCUAGAAGCUAGCUUAUUCUGCAUUAAAGUAGUGGGUCCAACAUUUUACCAUCUGGGCAGGUAGCCUAGCGGUUAAGAGCGUUGGGCCAGUAACCGAAAAGUUGCUGGUUUGAAUCCCCAAGCCGACUAGGUGAAAAAUCAGUAUGUUCUGUUGAGCAAGGCACUUAACCCUAAUUGCUCCAGUAAGUCACUCUGGAUAAGAGCGUCUGCUAAAUGACUAAAAUGUCAAUGUAAUAAAAUUGGGAACUUCAAGUCACUAACAGAUGGCUCUCUGUGUUCAGGUUGUUCUGGAGUGUAUUCUAAAGAAGGACCUGGUCUACAACAAGGUCAACCCCAUAUUCCACCAUUGGAGGAUCAACGACAAGAAGUUUGGCCUGACAUUCCAGAGUCCUGCCGACGCCAGGGCCUUCGAUAGAGGGAUCCGCAGGGCCAUCGAGGACAUCAACCAAGGUGGGUUAGGAAGGACCCCUGAGCUUCAGUCCACCUCAGUACAGUCUCACCUCACAGAACUCAUGCUUUUGUAGACUCCUUGCCUCUGACAUUAUGCCUGUAUUUGUAUGAAUUUGUGUGUGUUCGUUUCUGUGUGUGUGUGUCUGCGUGUGUUUGUGGGUUGGUCUGUGGCAUGUAAUGGUUGACCUGCUGUCUGUUCUCCUGGUGGUAGAUGCUUAGUGUUGAUUAGCUGUGAUGACUUCCCCUGCUCCCUGCUCACUCACCCAUGAUUGGCUCUCCUAUCUUAUCUGUGCCAGCUGUGGAGGACAUAAUGGCACAACUUCCUGUACAGACUGACAACCCCAAGCCUGUGCCCAGACAGUUGAGUCAGAGGAUAGGGGCACAAGCUGAAGGAUGCAUUUAGGUCAGGAUAGGGGCUGUGUGUGAAAUUUGGAGUUCAGGCUUUAAGGUACAGGUGUAGGAUCUUAAUUUGAUCACACGUUUGUUGAGAAUUUUCCUGCACCGCAGGAAAUGCAGAUGAGCUUUGUGAUUUACGUAAAUUCACUGAAAACCCAAACUAAAAUGGGAAUAUUAACAGUAUUGCACAUUUCCUGUAGCCUAAUUUUGUCCAGCUAUUUAUUUUAUUAUUUAUUUAACCUUUAUUUAACCAGGUAAGCCAAUUUGAGAACAAGUUCUCAUUUACAACUGCGACCUGGCCAAGAUAAAGCAAAGCAGUGCGAUAAAAAACAACAACACAGAGUUACAUAUGGAAUAAACAAAAUGUACAGUAAAUAACACAAUAGAAAAUCUGCAAAUGUAGAAAGUUAUGGAGGUAAGGCAAUAAAUAGGCCAUAGUGCAAAAUAAUUACAAUUUAGUAUUAACACUGGAGUGAUAGAUGUGCAGAAGAUGAUGUGCAAAUAGAGAUACUGGGGUGCAAAUGAGCAAAAUAAAUAACAAUAUGGGGAUGAGGUAGUUUGGUGGGCUAAUUACAGAUGGUCUGUGUACAGGUGCAGUGAUCGGUAAGCUGCUCUGACAACUGAUGCUUAAACUUAGUGAGGGAGAUAAGAGUCUCCAGCUUCAGAGAUUUGUGCAGUUCGUUCCAGUCAUUUGCAGCAGAGAACUGGAAGGAAUGGCGGCCAAAGGAGGUGUUGGCUUUGGGGAUGACCAGUGAGAUAUACCUGCUGGAACGCAUACUACGGGUGGGUGUUGCUAUGGGGACCAAUGAUCUAAGAUAAGGUGGGGAUUUGCCUAGAAGUGAUUUAUAGAUGACCUGGAGCCAGUGGGUUUGGCGACGAAUAUGUAGUGAGGGCCAGCCAACAAGAGCGUACAGGUCACAAUGGUGGGUAGUAUAUGGGGCUUUGGUGACAAAACGGAUGGCACUGUGAUAAACUGGUACAUAAACUGGGGCAUGGGCAAGUUGCAGCGGAGGGUGCAGAGAUGGUGGCCGGGGUAGGGGUAGCCAGGGGGAAAGCAUGGCCAGCCGUAGCAAAAUGCUUAUUGAAAUUCUCGAUUAUCGUAGAUUUAUCAGUGGUGACAGUGUUUCCUAGCCUCAGUGUAGUGGGUAGCUGGGAGGAGGUGCUCUUAUUCUCCAUGGACUUUACAGUGUCCUAGAACUUUUUGGAGUUAGUGCUACAGGAUGCACAUUUCUGUUUGAAAAAGCUAGCCUCUGCUUUCCUAACUGAUUGAUAAUAUGACUGCUGCCUGGCUCUCAGCGCUCUCAGAGCCUGUUCUACUCCUCUCCUCUCUGUAUCCUCUGAUCUGUUCUGGCUUCCUCUGUAUUCCACCAGUGUUGUGUAAUGCCUCUUCUCCACACAAGCAGGUUCCUUUGUAUUCCUGUUGCAUCGCUCUGCUGCCGGACUGCAGUGUGGUGUGUGUGUGUUCUUCUUAGUGUGUGUUUAAGAGUGUGUGUGUCAGCCUUGCGGUCCUCAGUUGCCAUAGCAACAGUGGACACAUGGCCCUGGCAGCUCCGUGGCCCAGCACUAGCAGAGUCGUGCUGCAGGAAGUCUCUGUCUCAACGUGCUACAGACAGACAGACAGCAUGGGUCUCACCGUAGCAGAGACUGACAGACAGGAAGAUGGAUACCCGCACACUGUUCAAUACUCCAACAAUUUUCUUGUGCAAUGUUUCGACCCGACGGUCUUCUUCUCUAAACUAGACUGAGAGACACAGACAGAUAUACAGACAGACGUACAGACGGGGACAGACAGAGGUCCGGUUUUUCCUGCUGCCUGCCUGGCUCGUUUUAAAUGAGGUCUUGGUGAUCCUAAUUAAGUGAACUGGGAGUCUUAAAAGAGCCUCUUGAUGCCUCAGGUACAAACAGUUUCCUCUUCGUCCGUCCCAGUGGAAAUGAGCUAAUCUCUGUUUUCUACACUACUGCCAACAUUUAACUUUGGACUAAUUUAUUUUCCCCAAGAUUUCAGGAAAAGCUUGUUUUUAGACAUGAUGUCGGGUACAAGUUCAACAGUACAAUUACUUAGUAUUCUUAUCAUAAGUCAACUUACUUGAAACUUGUCGUCAGUGAAUGCAACAUUUUUGGACUGAGUCAUGGCUUUUUAGCCUCGACCCGAGAGCAGAUUUCAUUAGGCCAUGUGUCCCACUAACACAGAGUAGCUUUCAUUUCCCCUUUUAGCUGUUCUUGGGCGAAUGUAAGUCUUGGCCUACCAUACCUCCCUCAAUGGCUUCCCUCUUCCUUCAAUCACCAGUGGCGUACUUGUGGGGACAUGUGAAGUCUGGGGACUUUUUGACAUUUUAGGGAAUUUUAAUAUAUGGCUUGGUGACGUGGGGACAUACUGUAUGUUAUGUGAACUCUCUCUGUCUCUUUCUGUCUCUCUCUCUGUAGCUCAUCUGUAUCUGUGUAGCUGGAAGUCUUAUUGAAUAUCUGAUUUUAUUCAAUCUUCUCCUUUCCAGGCUGUCCUGUGUUUGACGACUCAGACUCUCUUGAAGAUGGAUUACAGGUGAGUCCACGUACCUGUGUCUCUAUUUGCUAGCACUGAGGUUUGCUGUAGGACUAACUUGACUUCUCACUAGUCUAGUGUGUUUCAGUUCUCUUGCUGGUGCUUGAAUCCAGGAAGCAAAGCAUUGGGAAAUCUAAGCAGUCAGUGGCUCAACAGAACACUAUCCCAGUACUACUUCAGGCCCUUUUGUCUUCUACUCUGCCAGUUGUCUUUAGGAUUUGAGUCUGUUUGAACAGCCAGGACCUUACCUUCCAUUGCUGGGGAGUUGUUGAGUGUGCCCACGGCUUAGGUGUGCACAUCUGUCAUCUGGUCAAAACUGAUACCUGGGGGAACCCAAUUGCGUAAAAAAAUAAAUAAACAUGGCGAAAUGUCUCCCAUUUGGCCUCAUGGAUUAUCUGAAGCCACUCGUAUUUACUCAUGUUCCUCGUCUAUUAAUAGAUUGAGCUAUGCUCGGACGUAUUGUGUUCGGAAGCUGAUAAAGGAGUUGGUUAUCACUUUGACCUCCUCAGUCUGAGCUUUCACAAGCUACAGGUUUUCAAGUGUGGUUAGCAAGGUUUUCUCAAUCUCAACAAGAUGGAGUACAGGUAUAUGACUACACACCUAAGCUGAUUUUGCUUUAGAUAUUGGGUGUGUUGUUGAAACAUAACACUGCUCCUUGAAACACCACAAGUAGACACGACGGUACAAUGCGUGGUAUUUGCUAAGUAUACAUGGCAAACUGAACCUCUUAACGAAAGGCCUUGUUUCAGAUGACCUGCCAAGCCAAUCAUUUAGUAGCUCCUGCUGCUCUUUAGUUCCCAGUAUCUGUGGGUUUUGUGUCCGUCAGUGAUCCGGUGGCUGGGCUGCAGUCACCUUUGACCCUCAGUAUCUGACAUUCACUGAGUGGAGUAGAGAAGGUCAGAGGGCGUGAGAGGGAGGCUGAAUCUGUUCUUGUUCAUGUGGAGAGCAGCUUUAAGGAAUCAGCCAUACAGGAAGUCCAAUGGCACCGCUGUUGCUAAGCAGCAGAGGAGCAGGCAGUGGGAGGAGAGGGGGAGAGGGGUUCAGUGAGUGAGCAACAGAGGGUGUCGCCAUAGUAAUUUGGCAUCCGAGUGUUGCGGUCCGAGACCUGAGCUACACGGGCGAGAAACCGUGAGGCUAGUCACUCUCUAACACCAAGCCACGCAGCUAGAGAGCGCUAACGAACGCUCCACUUAAAUGCCACCACACAAUGUGUGACAUUACUCUGCACCUCUUCAUCAUUUAACACGUUCCAGUCUUCGCUCCUUCACAGAAUUUGACUCAGAUGACGAGAACUGUGUGUACAGACAAAACAUUUGUUCAGAGUUUUGUUCAGUUUCAUUUCUUCAUCGAAGGUCUGACAUGAAUUGAUUUAGCUGAAAGUGACCUUGUGCUGUAGCCCAGCCGAGAGCCACGAGACGAGUCACUUUGACAUGGGAUGGAGGGCACUCUGGAGCGUCAUUUGGGCCUUUAUUGGAUUUAGCCUAGUCAUUCUCUGUAUGAGCUGGACUGGACUAGGAACAUGUCUGCCAUGUAGAGUGUUUUGGGAUGUCUGGUUUUCCCCUAAUACUCUGAUGGCCAGCCAGGUCUCUUGGUAUCUGGAACCUCUUAACCCGCAGUCCGUGUGUGUGUGUGGUGUAGGACAUUCUUAUCAGCCCACAUCGUGCCCAGCAGGGUUCAGCACCCUCUACCAGAACACCACAGUCUUCCUCUCUCACCCUGACACCACACACCGCACACCCACAGCCAGUCACACACACACAUGCAUAAUCACACACACACACACGCAUAAUCACACACACACAUGCAUAAUCACACAGUCGACACAUACAGUACCAGUCAAAAGUUUAGACACACCUACUCAUUCCAGGGUUUUUCUUUAUUUUUACUAUUUUCUACAUUGUGGAAUAAUAGUGAAGACAUAAACUAUGAAAUAACACAUAUGGAAUCAUGUAGUAACCAAAAAAGUGUUACACAAAUCAAAAUAUAUUUGAGAUUCUUCAAAGUAGCCACCCUUUGCCUUGAUGACAGCUUUGCACACUCUUGGCAUUCUCUCAACCAGUUUCGUGAGGUAGUCACCUGGAUUGCAUUUCAAUUAACAGGUGUGCCUUCUUAAAAGUUAAUUUGUAGAAUGUAUUUCCUUCUUAAUGCAUUUGAGCCAGUCAGUUGUGUUGUGACAAGGUAGGGGGUGGUAUACAGAAGAUAGCCCUAUUUGGUAAAAGACCAAGUCCAUAUUAUGGCAUGAACAGCUCAAAUAAGCAAAGAGAAACGACAGUCCAUCAUUACUUAAAGACAUGAAGGUCAGUCAAUCCGGAACAUUUCAAGAACUUUGAAAGUUUCUUCAAGUGCAGUCGCAAAAACCAUCAAGCGCUAUGAUGAAACUGGCUCUCAUGAGGACCACCACAGGAAAGGAAGACCCACAGUUACCUCUGCUGCAGAGGAUAAGUUCAUUAGAGAUAACUGCACCUCGGAUUGCAGCCCAAAUAUAUGCUUCACAGAGUUCAAGUAACAGACAUCUCAACAUCAACUGUUCAGGGGAGACUGCGUGAAUCAGGCCUUCAUGGUCGAAUUGCUGCAAAGAAACGACUACUAAAGGACACCAAUAAGAAGAAGAGACUUGCUUGGGUCAAGAAACACGAGCAAUGGACAUUAGACCGGUGGAAAUCUGUCCUUUGGUCUGAUGAGUCCAAAUUUGAGAUUUUUGGUUCCAACCACCGUGUCUUUGUGAGACGCAGAGUAGGUGAACGGAUGAUCUCUGCAUGUGUGGUUCCCACCAUGAAGCAUGGAGGAGGAGGUGUGAUGGUGAGGGGGGGCUUUGCUGGUGACAUUGUCUAUGAUUUUAUUUAGAAUUCAAGGCACACUUAACCAGCAUGGCUACCACAGCAUUCGGUAGCGAUACGCCAUCCCAUCUGGUUUGCGCUUAGUGGGACUAUCAUUUAUUUUUCAACAGGACAAUGACCCAACACACCUCCAGGCUGUGUAAGGGCUAUUUGACCAAGGAGGUGAGUGAUGGAGUGGUGCAUCAGAUGACCUGGCCUCCACAAUCACCCGACCUCAACCCAAUUGAGAUGGUUUGGGAUGAGUUGGACCGCAGAGUGAAGGAAAAGCAGCCAACAAGUGCUCAGCAUAUGUGGGAACUCCUUCAAGACUGUUGGGAAAGCAUUCCAGGUGAAGCUGGUUGAGAGAGUGCCAAGAGUGUGCAAAGCUGUCAUCAAGGCAAAGGGUGGCUUCUUUGAAAAAUCUAAAAUAUAUUUUGAUUUGUUUAACACUUUUUUGGUUACUACAUGAUUCCAUAUGUGUUAUUUCAUAGUUUUGAUGUCUUCAAUAUUAUUCUACAAUGUAGAAAAUAGUAAAAAUAAAGAGAAACCCUGGAAUGAGUAGGUGUGUCCAAACUUUUGACUGGUACUGUACAUACCCACUCAAAGGCUGACAUACUGUACAAAUUGCAUACACCCGCCACCCUCCUUGACAGCCUAUGCAGAACCUUGUUUAGGUGCACCAUUUGACAGCUGUUUGAGACGCAAAACCACAUCUGUUUUUUACUGCACGACCUCUGCUGAGAAGGAUGGGUGAUCCUCUCCUCAUCUUAAAUGUAGAAGAUAGAACUUGUAGAAAUGUAGUUUGUGUUUGCAGCGAUUUCAAUUCGAUCAGGUUUUUGAGAGGAGGUGGGGUGCUAUAGUCCUGGAGAGAUUAAAGAAGUGGGUCAAACGGCGCCUGGAAUGUUCUAGUCAGGUUAGGUAGUUUGGUUGAGGAGAAAGCGUACUGGAGAGAAGCCCCAGUAGAAUCUUUGUAGAGCAGGGCUGAGCAGCAUUACGAGGAUGCAUUCUAGGGAUGAGUCAUCAUCCCUAACACUGAAGAACUCCUCAUACACAAUCCCACUCUCUCCCCUUCUCUCUCCCUCUCUUUAACACACAUCUGAAUUCUUUUUACUUGAUGUUUCACAGUGAAAUACUGUGAACAUACAGAUGCUUGGACCUGUGAGUCUUUAUGAGUCACUGAUAGAAUAUAUGCACACACAUAACGUAGGACACACUCACACACAGCAGGCCAGCCCCUUCCCCUGUGUGUGCCUGGGAGGGUGGAACUGCGUGGAGCUCUGAUGUUGGUCCUGAGCCAGGUCCCCCCCCCCCCCCCACCAUCUCCACCUCAACAUCUCUGGGGUCAGAUCGGAACCAGAUUGGCCCCCACGCAUGCCUUUGAAUGGUGGGGCUCAGCGCAGCGCUUUAAAAGGAAGCCCAAGUCUGGUUCCAAUUUCAUCCCCCUAACCCCCUCUCUCUCUUUCUCACACAGUCACAAACACACACACACACACACACACACACAAACAGCUGUCAUCUGGCAUUUUAAAUUCUGGCCUGCAUUUCUCCAGCUGGAGUUGGUUUAUGACAUUCCCUCAGCAGACUUGUUGGCCGUGCUCUCUCUCACACACAUGCAUAAACACUCACGUAUACAUAUGCUCACGUACACACACUUAUUUUUUCCUGUUCUGUUCUUUCUCUCUCCCCUCCUCUCCUUAUUCUGGCAUUCCUGCUCAGACUGCUAACACACCGGGUGUGUGACACACACACACCACACACAGUAUUUUAGCAUUCAGAGAAGCCAAGAGGAAAAAAGACACGCGCACACACACGGUUUGUUAGCAGUCUGAGGGGGGAGAGCGAGAGAAGUGGGUAAGAAGAGAAAGGGGGGGUGGGGGGGAAGAGUCAAAGGAAGCAUCUCUUAGCAACCACUAAUUACUGUAGCAGCAGCUGGGAGCAAACCAGAUUUCCGCUGUGCGUUAAAACACUGGCGUGGGCUACUUUACACACAGCACUGACUAACCAGAGCCAGCAGCCUCCUCCACACGCAGCGAGAGAGAGGCAGCGAGAGAGGCCUGAAUGAGGGAAGGGUGUGUUUCUGCUUGUGUUUGAAAUAUAAAGUAUAUGCUUCUCUGUGUGAGAAUAUGCAUCUUUUUGUGACUGCAUAUAAGGUUGUGUACCAAUAUGUGUGUGAGAAUUUGUGUGCGAGUGCAUGUCUGAGUGUGUGUUUGUGUCUGUGUGUACGUGCGCAGAUGGGAGCUCCAUGCUCGUGUGAGUGCUGAAAUGUGCUGGCCAUCAUUAAGAACUCACCAUAAGGCCUUUCUCUGUAAUGGCUGCUUUUCUUCCUCUCCUCCACACCUGUUCUUCCUCUCUUCCACACCUGUUCUUCCUCUCUUCCACACCUGUUCUUCCUCUCCUCCACACCUGUUCUUCCUCUCCUCCACACCUGUUCUUCCUCUCCUCCACACCUGUUCUUCCUCUCCUCCACACCUGUUCUUCCUCUCCUCCACACCUGUUCUUCCUCUCCUCCACACCUGUUCUUCCUCUCUUCCACACCUGUUCUUCCUCUCCUCCACACCUGUUCUUCCUCUCCUCCACACCUGUUCUUCCUCUCCUGCUGGGGUUGGGCUCAGAACUCAUAGUCCAUUGUUGUCACCUAAUAGGCAGGUGGGUGUAUGUAUACAUGUAUUUUGUAUUUGUGUGUGUUCGAGUUCUUAACAGUAGUUGUCCAAUACAGUUGACUAGGAUCUGUCACACCGAUAAAAUGCCUGUGGGAACACAUGGGGGGGCUGCUAGGAACUCUGUGUUCUCAACAGAAGGGGCUUGAGUCAUCUCAUCUCACAGGCAGAGGCACAAGGAGAAAUGUGGUCUCUGGGCGCUACCUGGUGGACAAAUGUGAGAGAAAUAUAGUUAGGAUAUCAGUGGUGUCUGUAGCUAAUGUGAGUCAGUGGUAUGCUUCUUAUACCUACUUGUGAAGUAUAAUAAUGGCGCCUUGUAUAAUUAAGGUGAAAUGUGAAAAAUGAAUGAUAUAUUGAAAAUAGUACUUUUGUGGUUGUGUUGCAGACCCUGUGUGAGGAGCCGCCCUCCAUCUGUACGCCCAUGAAGGAGCCCUUUUCCCCCCUGAGUGUCCACAGUGUGGUGUCCACUGAACCCUGCCGGGGCUGCUACGUCCGCGCUCAGCCCUUUGACGAGUUUCCCUCCAGCAACCGCCGCUACCUGCCUCCUCAGGUCAGUACCAAACAUGUCUGGACUAGAAGUCUUCACGGGUCCAACAGACCUGGAAUUCUGAGAUCCGACUCGGGAACCGAGCGGGACCGGGCCCUAAAUUAUUACUUUUAUCUGCUUGUUAUCUGUGUCAGCCAAUUGCAACUCAAUAAAACUGAAUUUAUGUCCAGCUGAAACUGGUUUCCGCCACUCACCUCACGUGCUCCUGCUGCUGAGGAGAGAGACAGAGGGAGCGAGUGAAAGGAGCCUUGGCCUAGGCUACUGUUGAUUGCAAAGAUGGCCUUUUUAAUUGAAGUAAAACAAAAAUUAGAGGAGAAAGAGUAUAGUGAAAAGAAGCCGACCAGGGGAAUAUUGUGGACAAAGAUGAGAAUAAGGUUGAUGUGGCCAAAUGGACUGUGUGCAACUCGCUAUUUUUAUUUUUGUGUUUAUUAUCAUUUGUUUUAUCAUUAUUAUUAUUGUAGGCCUAUUUACGAAUCUAAACCAGUUCUUUAAACCAUUUUCAGGUCUGGCCAUAGAUUUUCAAGUAGAUUUAAGUCAAAACUGUAAUUCGGCCACUCGGGAGCAUUCACUGUCUUCUUAGUAAGCAACUCCAGUGUAGAUUUGGCCUUGUGUUUUAGGUUAUUGUCCUGCUGAAAGGUGAAUUCAUCUCCCAGUGUCUGGUGGAAAGCAGACUGAACAAGGUUUUCCUCUAGGAUUUUGCCUGUGCUUAUCUCCAUUCUGUUUAUUUUUUUAUCCUGAAAACCUCCCCAGUCCUUAACGAUUACAAGCAUACCCAUAACAUGAUGCAGCACAGGAGGUUGUUGGCACCUUAACUGGAGAGGACGGGCUCGUAGUAAUGGCUGGAGUGGAAUUAGUGGAAAGGCCCUUUCCACUAAUUAGUUCCAGCCAUUUAUUAUGAAUCAUCCUCCCCCAGCAGCCUCCACUGCGAUGCAGCCACCGCUAUGCUUAAAAAUGGAGAGUGGUACUCCCCAAACAUAACACUUUGUGAAUUGCCUUGCCGCAUUUUUUGCAGUAUCACUUUAGUGCCUUGUUGCAAAUAGGAUGCAUGAUUUUGAAUAUUUGUAUUCUGUACAGGCAUCCUUCUUUUCACUCUGUCAAUUAGGUUAGCAUUGUGGAGUAACUACAAUGUUGUUGAUCCAUCCUCAGUUUUCUCCUAUCACAGCCUUUAAACUCUGUAACUGUUUUAAAGUCAUCAUUGGCCUCAUGGUAAAAUCCUUGAGCGGUCAGAUGCCAAGCAGUUGCCAUACUAAGGUGUUCUCAAUGGUGCAGCUGUAUAACUUUUUGAGGAUCUGAGGGCCCAUGCCAAAACAUUUUCAGCCUCCUGAGGAGGAAGGGGCAUUGUCGUGCCUUCUUCACAACUGUGUUGGUGUGUGUGGACCAUGAUAAUUCCUUAGUGAUGUGGACACCUAGGAACUUGAAGCUCUUGACCCGCUCCACUACAGCCCUGUUGAUGUGGAUGGGGGCGUGCUCGGCCCUCCGUUUCCUGUAGUCCACGAUCAGCUCCUCUGUCUUGCUGACGUUGAGGGAUGAGUUGUUGUCCUGGCUCCACACUGCCAGGUCACUGAGCUCCUCCCUAUAGGCUGUCUCAUCGUCGUUGGUGAUCAGGCCAACCAUGUCGUGUCAUCAGCAAACUUAUUGAAAACGUUGGAGUUGUGCGUGUCCACACAGUCGUGGACAUAAGUAUUUUACAUAAGUAAAAAAAAAAUUACAAAAAAAUUGCUUUUCUUUAGAAAACAAGAAUUUCUAUGUGACCCCAAACUUUUGAACGGUAGUGUAUAUAUUUUUUUCAAUAUUAAUAUCAGACAGUGGACACCUAUGCCGAUAGGCAUAUAUGCAUGCAAUGCCCUGGCGCAUUUAGCACUCAAAUCUCCGACAGCUGAACCGUGAGGUGGACAAUUAUUGUUUUAAAAACCAAUAUAACAAUAGGCUAUAAAGUUUUGAAUAUGCUACACAUCAAAACACAACAAAUAUUUUGUAUUUGUUUUAGGCAGGUUUUAAGGACACACAACUGUUGAUCAUUUGACUAAUAUCGCUAGUUUAUUGAUGGCGCCGGCAGCACCCAGUCUGAGGUUUCUUUCUUUCUACUCUGAACGGGUCUUCGGAUCCAAAUCGGAAGGGGUUUGUUCGAGUCUGUUUUUCCACAGGCCUUUUCGGAACGUGUCUCCAUUUUUAAAAAUGUUUUUUUAUUCAUAUUGGGUCGGGUGGGAAAGCCAUGUUCCAUUUCGUAAGUUGGACCUGUGAAGACCUCUAUUCUAGACCCACUAUAUUACAGUAUAUCAUUAGCCCUUUAUUGCCACUAGAGAUUAAACCUCCAUGUUAGAUCUAGUUCAAUAAGGUAUACUUAUUCUGAAGAAUGUCUUACAUGACAUGGAAGGACAGUAAAGAUCAUUCAAGAUGAAUACUCAAAUAAAUUAAAUAUAUACUGACACACUGCUAAAAUGUCUGUUGUGUUCUCUGAACUGAAUUAAAUGAAAUAACGCUAUGUCUCCAUCAGGUCUCCUUCAAGUCUACGCGCCACGUGAGCUUUCACAUGGACGAGGAGGAGAUUGUAAGGAUCAACCCUCGUAAGGACGUUCUGAUCCGCGGUUACGAGGACUACCGCCACCCCGUCAUGUGGAAGCAGGAGGCAGAGCGAGAGGACCCUGACUUCCCUGCCCUCUUCCACAAACUGGACAGCAAGAAGUGUGAGUACCUCUUCCCCGAGGGGCCGGGAAUGGAGUCCCACUCGGCCCCUGGAAGUAUGGGCAUGGGCACAGGACUGGGGCUAGGGCUGGGUAAAGACUCAUCCAUCAAGACGCAGCCCUCGCCGCUGCUCAAGUCCAAAAAAGGGCGGCGGAGGCGGGAGGACGGUGAGCGUUCGCGCUGUAUCUACUGCCGAGAAAUGUUCAACCAUGAGGACAACCAGCGGGGCCAGUGCCAGGACGCUCCAGACCCCAUCAAGCAGUGCAUCUAUAAAGUCAGCUGCAUGCUUUGUGCCGAGAGCAUGCUGUACCACUGCAUGUCUGACUCGGAGGGAGACUUCUCGGACCCCUGCUCGUGUGACGCGGCUGACGAGCAGUUCUGCCUGCGCUGGCUGGCCCUGACGGCACUGUCCUUCAUCGCUCCCUGUAUGUGCUGCUACCUGCCACUGAGAGCCUGCCACCACUGUGGGGAGGCCUGCAGAUGCUGCGGGGGCAAGCACAAGGCCGCCGGGUGACCUGAAUGAACUCUGACCCCUCACCCGGGAUGACCUACCCACAACACAGCUAGCUGACACAGGAAAGCGGAAAAAAGCUGGGUAUUAAAAUACCGGCAACCUUGUUUUUCAUUCACCUCAGAGGGGGUGACGUUGUUGUAGACGCCUAGCUCUGGAGGUCUUUUGGAGAUGUUUGUGUCUUCCGGCGCAGAGAGCAGCGGAAGACGAACCUCGUGCUUUACGGGCUCUGAGCGUGAAGUUAAGUUCGGGAGCUGAACGCGAGGAGAAGGCGUUGAGAUUAACAGACGUGGAGAUAUUACUAAACACACACUCUUACUCACACUCGUACAUAAUAAACACAACAACCAGGCCACCAUGUCACUCUCCCUACAAGUAAUGUGUAACUUUAUGAAGGAAUAUUGUAUUUUGUACAGAGAGCAAAAACUACACAACAACAGCAAAAAACAAAACAAAACAAUUGUGCAUACAGAAAACAUACUUAGUGUUUGAGUAUGCUAAAAGGGAUAUGUUCUUGUGAAUUUGCAGUUGGGUAACAGUGGCCGUUCCUUUAUGACUCGAGCAUUAAAGUGCACUAUAAAUGUUUUACCCCCCCUUCACACAAUUCUAAUGGUACAUUAACCUUAAGACCAUUCUUAUUGAGUAAAUUAACAGUUCAAAGAUGUUGCUGUGGUGGAUGUGUACGUGUUUCCUUAUUUUUCCUAUUCAUCAAAUGUUGAACAAAAAAAGAACGUAACACCUUUUUAUAUUUUCGUGGUACAGUCUGACAUAGCUAGAUGUUAGAGUGAUUUGGACCACUUAAUUGCAUUCCAACAUAAAGGGAUCGAUUCCAUGAGCAGAAGCGAAAAUAUGGUAAUGUGUUUUGCAAUCCUCCAUCUUCCGAACAAGUCAAGAAUUAAUGUUAACACUUCUUGACUCACCUUCCUUGAGACCAAAAUGUCACAAUUCCAGGUACUUUACCAGAUUUUCUAUUUUGACUCCAUCACAUCUUUGCUUCAUGGUAAAACUGUUGUUUUUUAUUUAAAGCUGAAGUUUUGCUCAACCAGCAAGUUUUUCAGUUUAAUGUUGGUGAGUAAGGGGUCUUGAGUGCCCCUUUGUUGAACAAGGCACUUAAAUCAGGCUAGUUUGGGGAAAACACUUUUUUUUAUUUGUUUUAUUAGUCAUCAACUAGAAAUUACCAACUAAAACUCAAAUUUAGUGUGCGAAAAGCCCACCUUGAAAGCACUGGUCUCCAAGCUUUGGUUACAGCACCAUCUUCAUAUUUCAAACGUACUGGAUGUCUGUCCCCUUGUGAUUGAAGCAUUUGUAAGGAGUCAAAUGUACUGCUGUUAUUAGGUCAUUUUGCAGUUUGUCCACGGUAACUCCUAGAAUACAUAGUUUAACAUUUGCCCAGUCAUGAAUGAACAGGUGCCUCAUUUUUAAAUGUCACAAAGUGCAUUUGCCUAUAGGUAAUUAUAGCAUAUGGGUAUGAUUGUUUGUUACACACUGUAUGUGCAUAGGUCUUCAUAUGCAGUGGCAGUGAGACGUCAAGCACAGUGAUCAUAGAAACUGAUAUGUGUUUACUCGUUGUAACAAACCUGACUUUGUUGAAGGCUGAUGGGUAGAUACAGUAUGAAGGUCCUUGUUGAAAUCCAUAUUUCACUCAGAGGAACAUAGCCACGAUAACAAACAAUAACUGUAGACAUACCCCCGGUUGUAUUAAUUCGAUACUGCAUCUUUAAAAGACAGUAUGCUAAUUCCACACAUCAGAAUGAACUGUUUUGAUAAAUCUUUCUGCCUGUGUACCUGAAUAGUUUUUGAGAACAAAGAAAUUAGUUUAUUUGAUCAUUUAGACCAGGGGUGUCAAACUCAUUCCACAGAGGGCCAAGUGUCUGCGGGUUUUUGUGUUUUCCUUUCAAUUAAGACCUAGACAACCAGGUGAGGGGAGUUCCUUACUAAUUAGUGACCUUAAUUCAUCAAUCAAGUACAAAGGUGGAGCAAAAACCCUUAGACACUCCGUGGAAUGAGUUUGACACGUGAUUUAGACAAAAUCGUUAUCAAAAGGUUUGAAAAUCGCCCUCCCCUAUUUAAAAAGCUUGUCAUUACAGCCCUGUACUGUAGCCAAUAGAUAUGCACACCAUCCCCCGGCCCGCCACUUCUUGAGAAAAGGAAGUGGCAACCCUGUCUCGUCUCCAGACUGGAUGGGGGCAGUCAACUUCUUCCAUAUCCCUCCCUUAUGCCCCAUGCGAGGCACCAACCAACACUCUUUACUUUCUAUGCAAACUAUUGACCAUGGGAAACACAUAGACCUCUCUCCACACUGAGUCAGUGACGGUACACUUUAAUAACGCUAUUUACACGUUACCCCAGGUACCAAACUCCAAGCACCUGUAAAUAAGUAACACUAUAUUUAAAUACCUGAUAAUAAUCCCAUUUUGUUUUUUGGAAAUGAAAAGAUAUAGCUGUAUUUAUCACUGCUGUCAGCAUAUACUGUAGCUUCAAUUGACAGCAUUAUGUACAUAGGUCACCUUUUAGUAUUAUUUCACAUUGAAAGUAGAGGGCGUUCAUGAUGGAAAUGACUAUUGAGCUUUUAAUGGAGUUUCUUUCUAGUUUUCUACGAAGGGAGGAAGGCUAGAGUGCUAACAUGGUACAGUAGUGGCAGUCCACUUAUUUAAAAAAAAGUUAUAUCUAUAUAUAUAUAAAGCUGCUAGAUACAAUCACUAAUUUUUUAUUGAGUUGAGUGAAAAGUCAGCUACGAAAGACUGUUUAAACAAUACCUAGUUCCUAUGAUAGCAUAUAACCGUGUGUGUGCGUGCGCAUUUGGUUGGUUUAUCAAUGUUUUUGUUCUCCCAUAUUGUAAUUUGGAUUGCCCUGCAUAUUGCAAGCUGAACCCAAGAUUUGAUGAACCUGAUUAAAAACUUGCUGGCUGAGAAGCAAAGUGUUGGACGUACAUUCAUACAAGUUUUUCUGAGAGAUACUGAAAUAAUCCGUUUCAUUCUGCAUUAACCAGCAUAGUGUAACUCGCUAUCAUGUACUGUAUUAUAUAUGCAACAUGUCUGUCUGCUUUAAUAUAUUUAUGUUUUACCUGUUAACUUUGCAUAAGACUUCAGUUUUUAACCACUUUGCUGCUAGUCUUUUAUACUUAUUUCAAUCUUGGAAAGUGUGCAUAUCUUUGGAUUGCUUAAAAAUGUACAUUCUUGACUUUGUGUGCGUUAAAAUAGAAAUGCCUAUAUAAACGUAUUUCUUCAGUGUAUUGUUUAAAAAGGUUUAUUUUCACAGCAGUUGAGUGGUUACUUUUCAAUUAUCCAACGCUUUGGUGCACUGAUGAUGUAUGUAUGCUUUUUUCUUAUUACAACGCUUGAUGAUGUAACGUGAUUAGUUCUAAAUAGUGGAAAACAUUUGUGUUUUGAAAAUUGCAGUAUAAAUGGUACUCUAAUUCUUCUGUAAACACUGCCUGUUUACUUUCUUUCUCAUGCAUCUUUUCUUUCAGUUUCUUAGUGCCCUUGGCUUCACAUCCUGACAACCUUGAAAAAGUGCCUCACGUCCAUCAUAGUUUCCAUCUAAAACUUAACAGCUCUUGUUCUGGUUAUAUUGGUUUAUAUAUGUCUAGGUAUUUCUAUCAUGGUUUGAAAAUUCCAAGUAUAUGAUGUAAAAUGUAUAGUUCAAUAACUCAUGUCAUAGUUGUACUUUCUUUAUACAGAUGUAACUUGUUACUUUUCAUAAAUAUAUAAUGUAAAUAUGCAUACAUAUGUUUAACUGUUUUUAUGUUACAUCAUACACUUGUAAUUUGUCAUAUCAAAUAACAUUAUCAUAAUAAAAUGGUGAGUUUUAAUCUUGUGUCAUCUUGUGGGAUUAUUUUGAAGAUUUCUAUCAUUCUCUUUCUACCUCAGGUUUCCUUAUGAUCCGAGGGGAGUCCAUAGUGUUAUAUUUCUAUGGUGGAGACAUUGCAUAUGUGCAAUGCAACCAAAUUGUACAUAACAUUGCAAACCAUUAAAGAGUAACUUAAAUGACAAAUUCUGCUUUUCAUUUUGUCAGUUCAUUGCAAAAGUUAUAUUUUGGUCUUUUAGUAAGUAAAUCUAGCUCUUUUUGCCCCUAGCAGUUCAAAAUAUAUGCAAAUUCUUAAUUUCAUGCAUGCCUUGUGGUCUCCUGUUCUUCACCACAUGAAGAGCAGUAGCCAUUUUGAGCCAAAAAACACAACCCCGUUACUUGUUUGACCAUAACAAGGUUGUGAGACUGUGACAGGGUUGAGUUUGUCACUUUGUGAAGUUAUUCAAAUUAAUUAUUAUUGUUUAUCUUUAUAACGACAUGCAUAUGUUGACUGUAAUGUUGUCCAUGUUAAGUAUAUACAGUGCAUUCGGAAAGUAUUCAGACCCCUUGACUUUUUCCACAUUUUGUUACAUUUCAGCCUUAUUCUGAAAUGGAUUACAUUUCCACUCAUCAAUCUACACACAAUACCCCAUAAAUGUUUGCACAUUUAUUUUUAAAAAAUUAAAAGCUGAAAUAUCACAUUUACACAAGUAUUCAGACCCUUUACUCCAUACUUUGUUGAAGCACCUUUGGCAGUGAUUACAGCCUCGAGUCUUCUUGGGUAUGACGCUACAAACUUGGCACACCUGUAUUUGGGGAGUUUCUCCCAUUCUUCUCUGCAGAUCCUGUCAAGCUCUGUCAGGUUGGAUGGGGAGCGUCGCUGCACAGCUAUUUUCAGGUCUCUCCGGAGAUGUUAGAUCGGGUUCAAGUCCGGGCUCUGGCUGGGCCACUCAAGGACAUUCAGAGACUUUUCCUGAAGCCACUCCUGCGUUGUCUUUGCUGUGUGCUUAGGGUCGUUGUCCUGUCGGAAAGUAUUCAGACCCCUUGACUUUUUCCACAUUUUGUUACGUUACAGCCUUAUUCUAAAAUGGAUUAAAUAAAUAAAAAUCCUCAGCAAUCUACACACAAUAUACCCCAUAAUAUGAACCCACGUCACCGGCACCCGUGGAGCAGCUGUAGUAGAGAGACCGAGACGGAUGCAGAGAGAGACAAAUAAUUUUACUUUCAAACUGACUGUCCUAUCUGACCAUAGGAAGAGACAGAGUGAACUAGAAUGCAGAACUGAAUGCCUCUGACACUGUUGCCCAGCUUGUCCAGUGGAGGAGACCAGCACAUGAUGCCCAUGACGUUGGGCACCACCAGUAGGAUGCCCCCUGACAAGCCCACCUAG